AUGGCACCUUCAAUUCCGGUACGGCGAAAUCCAGGACCACCAGAAAUUGGUCCACGCCCCAUUCAGUAUAAGUUACCUCCUCCGCCGCGCGCUUAUCACAACGCCAAUGAACCACCGGUCGACCGGCAGACUAUAAGAGGGUUCGUCGAAGAUUAUCUAGUAAAGGACGUAGUGACAAGGGAUACCACGGUUGCGGUUCAACAACAACUUUUGCAGCACCAACAAGUACAACCACAAGUACAACAACCACAACCACAAGUACAACAACCACAACCACAAUUACAACAACAACAACAACAACCACAACAACAACAACAACAACAACAACAACCACAGCUACGUACCAGGCGGUUCAAAGUGCCUCCACCAAUCAAAUGCAUUUCUGAACCAUUGGAUGGUGGUAGUCACGAGAGUUACGAAAUGAUGACACCGAUCACAACAAUGUCUCCCAAUCGACAGGUGAGAUAUAAGCAGGAUUUAAUCACUAUACAAUAUGACUAAAUUAAUAUUAUACCUACUUAAGGUUUAACUAUCCAACUCAAUACUUACCAGUGUAUCUAAUUUUAAUUUUGCAAUUUAUUUUUGUAUUAGUAAUUAUUUCUCAAUUCCUGUGAAUUCCUGACCAUAUUUGUAUAAUUUCUGUUCCACUAGUUCUCCCUAAUUUACAUUAUAUACAAAUAUAUAUUUGGAAUACUUGUAGAAUAUAUAUAUAUAUAUGUGUUCUACAGGUAUUCUACAGGAAAAAAAAUUUAAAAAACAAAUUUUUAUUUGAUUAUUUUCGAAAAAUUUGAGAACUUUUGAAUUUAUUCUUCUCAACAUUUUGACGUAUCAACCUUUUAUUUUCAUUAACUUAAAAAUAUUCUAAUUUAGUUUACAAAAAAAAAAAAAAAAGAAGUAUUAAACAGAAUAGUGUUUUAGUAUUAUUCCAAAACUUAUGAUUAUUCAAAAUUCAUCCAAAAAUUAAAUGAGAUAAUCUAAAAACACUACUAUAGUAAUAAAUUAUACACUUGUUUUGUGAACAAAAAAAAAAAAAUGUUAAAAAUACGGACAUACUUUGUACGACGGAUGAACCACUGUUAUAGGUGAAAAUUUGGAAAGUAGGAUGUAGAGGGGAAUUUAUGAAUUUAAUUUAUAUUUGUACGCAACGACAAACCAUUGCUAAUGAAAAACGAUUCGGAAUGAAGUUUUAUUAAACGUGUUUUAAAAGGCAGUAAUAUUUACAAUUGUCAAAACUUGAUAUUAAAAUUCUUAUGAAAAAAAUACCAUAUAAACUCAAUUUUUUUUUUAUCACAAAACAAUAUAAAUUACAAAAGUUGAUCAAAAUAUCCCCCACCCCGCUUCCCCUGCGAUAUAACGGCUUAAAAUAAAAUUCAUAUAGUUGGACCUAUUCGGUGAACCACGCGGCUGCUGGCUAUGGGCAACCAAAAACAAAGUUAUGAAUCCAUUGUACGUUUUUCUGGCUAAAAAUCGAUCUCGUGUCGUAUAAAUGAUUUAUUUAUAUUCAAACGAAUUUUAACGUUUGUAGAGUUAUAUUUUAUAAUACUUUUGUUGUACAACAGGAUAGCGGCCAUUGGAGCGAUUCCUACAGCGUGAACUCGUCGCCCGGAUACUCCACCAAGAGCAUGGAAACGCCGCUGCUAUCGCACUCGAAAAUUUUACAGCCCCGAUCCAAUAAGAAACGUUUCAUACUCGACCGGUACGUGGUGUGCGACCAAUUGAACGGCCGGGCGAAAUAUUCUCCGGCCAACAGCCAACAAAUCAGUUCGAGCAGCACGUCCGAGCUGACCAAGAGUCAUUCGACACCCGCCAGCUUACAGGCCGUCGUUGAGUUCAACGAGUCUUCGCCUAAUUCGUUACAACACCGGGUAAGGACAUAAACACUGAUAUUUCUCAUCAAUAUUUUUUUUUAUACGAUUAUCUCUAAUUUUAUAUAAGUAAUUUUCUUUUAACAAAAUACCAUAAAAUACCAUUAACUAACACUUACUCGUUUUUUUAUAUUAUUAUUAAAAAAAAAAAAACAACAUUCUUAAGAGAACACAGACGAAAUAUUGUACUUUGAAUCAUGUAAAAAUCACGUUAUUAAACAUUAUUACGAGAAUAAUACAUUUCAAGUAGUUACGAUAAUCAUUACUCUGGUAAUAGCUGUGUUUCGACACUGAAUUCGGGUAUACCUACCUAACGGAUAAGAUUUUCGCUCGGAAAAUCUCUAAUAUGACCAGUCCAAUAUCUAUAAUUAUUUUAAAACUAUUAAAAAUGCCACUAAGCGACUAUUCUGGUAUUUCAAUUUUUAGCUAUAAAAUCACCAAAAACCAUUGUAUUUCUGUGUUCAUUUAUUUAUUCAACCUUCUUCCGUCACUUAUCUCUUCUUCAAAUAACAUGGCACUGGUUUCCGCCAGUUCUCUUUAAAAAUUACAUUUCGUCUAUAAAAUUAUUAUUUAAAAGUAUUUUAUUAAAACUAAAUUUACAGGUUUUAGCAGUUGAGCUUCUUCGAAAAAUUAUAAUAUCGAGGUAUUCACGAUUUAUUUUAGAAACUACCCAUAAAUGGACUAAUUAUUCGUUUCCGGAACAACCUACUCUUGGAAUUCAAAAUACUCAUCACCGAAAUCUUAUAAUUAACGAAUUCAGUUAUCUACUUUAAUCGAUUGGAACGUAAUUUUACAAAUUACCUACCUAUAAGUUCAUAUAAUACAUAUCAACUCAUUUUAAAAUUACUUAAAAACAUCGUUUGAACAAUUUUUUUGAAGUGGUGAAAGAUGAUAAUCUAUAUAAAUAUUUAAUUGAGCUAAUAAAAGCUAAUAAAGUUAAAUAGUAAUAGUUAAAUAAUAAUAAAGCUAUCAUAAUGAAUAUGAUAGGUUUUUAGAUCCAGAGAGUAGUGAGGGAUCGAUUGAUUUUACUACUGUGUAUUUUUAUUUUUUGUGGUGAACAACUUUUCUACGAAACAUUGUUUUGAAAGAUAAUUUUCUCUAGUUGGUACACUGUGGAAGUCAUUUUUUUGAUUUUCCGAGGAGUUUUCAAAAUAAUUCGGAAACCCCUGAAGGAAAAUUAUAAGUAAAACGGAAAAUAUUAACAGCGUGACGCGGCGUUACCGUUUUCAUUGUUUUUUAAUUUUUGUAACUAAUGUUUUUUACCAAAAAUAGUGUUCAAAAAUAAAAACAAACAACAAGAAACUUUCUUUGUUAAAUUUCUAAUCUAAUUAGUGAUCAAGGAGGUCAGUUUUUUAUUUUUUUUUUUUUGUAGUUAAUUUAAAAAUUCAGCAAAACCGAAAAAUACAAAAAAAGAACGGGGAAUUAUUCUUUUACUUAAAUUAUUUUAAAUUUUGUUUUGGAUUCCAAGCGUAGCGAGGGAGCUUUUGGUUUUACAAUGCUGUUUAUUUCUUUUUUUUUCUUUGUUCAUUGUUCUAGUCUGUGUACACGUUUUUUCCUAGUAAGCUUGCUCCAAUUUUUAUGUAUAACACUUUUUCCGGAAGCUCAAGUUGACUAGAUUGUACUUUGAAAAGGUAAUUUUUUGAUUUUUGACUCCAUUUUUUAAAUAAAUGCACCAGUGGAAAAAAAAAAACAUAGGAAAACGUACAAUUUAUAAUCUAAAUUUAUAGAUUUAAAAUCUAGAACCUUACGUUAUGUAUGAUUAUGAUUAUUUUCCGGGUUUCUACAUGCGUCCGGUAAUAAUAUUUAUAUUGGACUUACCUAGAAAUGUCUAUAAUGAUCAGACUUUUUUUCCUUUUUAAUAAGGUUAUUUAAAUCAAAUUUAAAUGCGAAUCGCAAAAAAAAUGACGGCACUUCAAAUUAUGUAUUACCGAACUGCGCUCGGAAUCGUCUUUCGUCAGUAAUAGUUUAUCAUUACUUACAGAUAUAAAUGAAAUAACCUUAUGUAUCCUACCUUCCCAACAUCUCACCUACAAUAGUAGCCGCACUCGUCGCCAAUAUCAGUUCUUUUUUAAAAUUUAAUUCAGUUAAAAAUAUUAUAAAGACUUGAAACUUUGACAGCAAACUUAAAUUUGUUCUUUCUAAACAUCAUAAAACUUUCAAAAUAUUUGAGCUUAUAAAUACGUUUUUGAGCUGCUUAUAAACAUUUCAAUUUUACGAGUUUUUUACAUCAUUUUUAUUUGAAUCGGGUGAAACUACUGAUAAAAAAACUAUUUAUAGCUACUAGACAUACAAAUCUCAUCAGUGGACCGAGUAAUUGUUAUGUUUUGCGUCUCCACUCCAUCCCGUUACACUACUGAUAACAUCUGUUAUAAGCAUUAUCACUAUUACCACAACCUACCAAGUUACCACAUUUGUAUAAAAUAUAUUUAUAAUCUAUUAACAUCAAAUGCUUCAAAUCAUUUUUUGGUUGCAAUGUUUUAUCAUUGGUUAAAUAACUUAAUGUAUCCCACUUACCUAAGUACCCAUCUACAGCAAUGACUGCACCCGUCCUCAGUAUCAGCUCUUUUUUUUUUUUCUUAAUCCUGGUUAACUAUUUAUUAGUCUAUCUAGUUGUCUAUUAAUGUUACGUUUAAAAUAAUACAACUUCCAAGUUUAGAUGACACUAAUAUAUUUUCCAGUAAAAUUUAUUGUUCCAUUACAAUAUUGUGCAUUAUCAUUGUAAUAAAAUUGUUAUAUUAUUAUUCUAUAAUUUAUGUUAUAAACUUUAUAAUAUUUAAAGCAAUAUACGAGUAGUAUAACAUUGGGUUGAUAAACAUUUUACCGUGUCGGAAAUUAUCGCGACGCUAAUCAUUGUUUGUCGAUAAUUAGAAUCGACGUAUUUUGAUUAAAAUUUUAAUUAAACUUAGUUCAUUAUAAGUUAUGUUAAUAUUAUCUCAAAUAAUUUAUCAUAAUACUACGUCUAUGGCAUUACAAGUAUUAAACAAUAUUUGGUUCAUGUUUUGCACAUAGAUACACUUGUAUUAUAUUUUAUACCUACGUAGUAUCCAAUAACCACAGUAAUAUAUAUUAAAUGAUAACUACCUGUAUUGCCCAGUAUUUCCCGGGUUUGAUCCUUUCGAAAACAAAGACAAAUAAAAUAAAAUCAAUUCUUCUCCAGGUUUCCAUUCUUAUCCCUAUUGCAGUUAAUCAUUAUUGUCCGGAAGUUCAUCUUUUCAAAAGAACAAAUAAAUUAAAUAACGUUUUUAUUAACAUAAUUUUUUUCAUCUUUAAUACUAAAGUAAUUCAUAAAUCAAAAAAAAAUAAUAAUACAUUUACGUUUCAUAAAUACCAAAAACCAGCCACCCUUUAAAUGUUAAAUUUCAAAAAGAAAAGUAGACAGCGUUCAUCUUAUUGAUAACGCAGCUAUAGACGUAGAGGUAGUGGAAGUCAUUAAUAUGUGCAAUGCAGACAAUGUAUUUCUUUACAUAACCACACCAUUGGCAUAUAUUUGGUUUCAUUUGUGGGGGGCUUAACAUUUUUGUCUUAUUCAUUAGUGGAAACAAAUAUUUUUAGUCGCUUCCGACGCUUNAGUGGCUACUCCUACUUGAUUCUAGCUGAGGCACCAAAUAUAUAUAUAUAUAUAGGUAAUAAGAACAUAAAAAAAUAAAAUAUUGAAUAGCUACUAAAUUAUUUUUAUUUUAAUUGUAUAUAUUUAUUUUUUUGUGCAAAUAUAUUAACAAUUGUUUCAGUAUUAAUAGAUUUAGAAAUUUUGUUUUCAAUAUAUAAUAUUGAAGUGUUGCUGAACCUUUCCUGCAGCAUAGAAGUUUGAAGCCAAGUUUUUAUUCUACGCAUGGCCGAAAAACUCUUUUCACAAGUGGAGGAACUUAUAGGAAUUGUUAAAGCAACUAGAAAUAGUUUAUAUAAAUUAGGGAAAGUCUGUUUUGUUAGAACCUUUUUCACACCAUUUAAAGUUAUAUAAUUUUCAUCAGUAGACUGCAAUAUACAAUUCUUUGCCUCUUCUAUUUCCGACUGUAAUAGAUAUUUAGAUGCAUUCAUCAAAUCCUGAAAAAUAUACAAAAUACAGGUUCACUUUUAAUAAAACUAGAAAACUAGAGCAUAGGUUAAUAAAAAUCAAUUUUCAGAAACCGAUACGUUACUUACUUUGAUCUACAAAGAAAAGACUUUCCUCAAAGUUUAAUUGAAAAAAUUGAUCAACAGCUGUAGCCAUUUGGAGGCUUUCAGUAGAAAAUCUUUUUUCUAGAUUUAUCAAGAUAGCAUCAAAUACAGGAAAGAAAACAUUUUUUCUAAAAUAAUCUUCAAUGAUUUCAAUGGUGUCAUUAAUAUUUUGUUCAGCACUUGUGGUUGCAGUAGUAUCAAAAUGUUUAAGAUUGUGUGGCUCUUGUAUUUUUCUUUUGCAUCCUAGUUAAAUAAAUAUUAACUUAAAAUUAUUAUAAUUAUAAAUAAAUAUAAUAUGUUUAUUAAGUCUUACCUUUAGAUGGCGUUUGUAUUGAUAUUUCAUUGUCUUUAGCAAAGAUUUCUAUUUCUUACCAAAGCUUAGAAAAAUACUCUGUUGUUCUAAAAUUUUUAAAAGUCAUCAUCACACCUUCAAUAAUAUUUUUAGAUUACCCUAAGAUUGCAUUUUUUUCUUGAAAUUUGUUAGAAACAGUAUUUAUAUUAAUUAAUAUUUUAUGUAAGAUAAAUAAAUAAACUAUAAAUCGUCCACUUUUUAAAUUUGUUAAUAUACCUAAAACAAAGAUAUUGGAAUUUAAAUACUUUGAAUCAUUAAUUAUCACUUAUUAUUUAUUAUACUUAUUAUUAUACCAAUUGAUUCAAUUACUCCUAUAUCAUCUUCAUUUCCAAUUUCCUCUUUUAAAGUUUGAAUAAUUGCUUUAUAACUGUUUGUAACAGACUCUAUAUUUCGAUAACGGCAAUUCCAUCUAGUGUCACUAAGUCUAAUCAUUGUCGUAUGUUUUAUUCCUAGUUUAGUUUGUUUCUCAGUUAAUUUUUAAUUUUUUGACAGAUGAUAAAUAUGUACGUACAGGGAUUCUAAAGUGUUGAACACAUGCCUUGUUUCCUAAUAUUAAUAUUAAUAAUUGAGUUUACUUUUAUUCUCACCUUUAGAUCCACUACAAACAUUCAACUAUAAAUUAUAAUAUACUUAUAUUAAUAAUUAUAAUUAAAAAAUUAUAAAUAAAGCAUAAAUACAAAGCACUUGCUUUUUUCCAAUAUCUAAAACCAACUAAAAAGCUAUCUUCAAAAUUAUUACUAUUUCCAAUACUAAAAUUUCUACAAGCAAAACAAAAAAUUGAAUUUUUGAUAUACUAUAUUUAAGCCAUUUUGUAAUGCUUAUGAUAGAAAGCGCGAUUUUGUGUACCGAAUUUAGUUAGUAGAUAUGACUGCAAUAUAUUUAAUUUAAAUAUAAUAUAAUAACUUAAACUAUGUUUAGUGUUUACCUACAUUUGUACUUACUGUUAAAAUUGAUCGCACAGGGCCUGUUUUAAAGUUCCCAAGUCGGAAAUGACAGUUUUAUUUACAAUAUUUUCAACACUUUUUUGUGUAGUUCUAUCAAUGUCUAAACCAAUAUUUAAAUCUUCAUUUUCAGAUUCUAGUGUUGUUGUUACCGAGGAAUUAGUAAUAACUAAUUUUUGUUUUUUGAUAUUAAAGACAUCAAACAUUCUUUUAGCCAUUAUUGAAUUAAUUACAACUUAUAAUUUAAAAUUAAUCGGUUAAUUCAGAUAAAUACACAAUUCACACAAAUAAUAUAAAAUUAUAUUGUUUAUUUGUUUAGCACGNACUUAUAACUUUACAAUUAUCGCAAACAAGUUCUAGAAUGUUCGCUAUUAUCAAUAUAUACCUACAAAAUAUGAUUUUCCCAACAACGAUAAGCCGUAAAUAUUCCAGACCAUUCUCGUAUCUCAACAAAAUAAAAUAAAAUUUAUAAAUAUCAAAUAUUGAAAAACAUAAUUUUUUAUUUUGACGUUUACAUUCUGGGGGGUUUAAGCUCUCCCCCCAAGUCCCCCCCCGAUAUCCGCCCUUGAACCACACAGAAAACUAUUUCCGAUACUUCUAAUAACUCAAUAAUUAAUCAAAUUUUAGUAAUUGCCUCAUUAUUUAACUCAUUUACAUUCUACACACUGGACACUUGAGUUUUAAAAAAAAUCUCUUAAAUCUGUUAGAUAGGAACUUCAGAUAUACUUGUGCAAGGAAAUCGGCUCACGUUUUUAUACUAUAUAUACAAUAUACAUACAUAUAAUAAACCUUAGGUUUAGGUAAUUUUUUUAACAACAUAUCUGUUAUUAUAUAUUCAGUAGAGUAACUUCAUAAUUUGUUUGGGGGUAAGUUUCUAAGUUUAUAAACAACUGUAGUCACAUACCUUAUGGUAUCUUUUGGAGAGCAUCGAAAAUUUGCAACUUUCCUUUUUCAAGAAUAAUCCGAAUUAUUAUAAUAUAAUUAAAUAAUAGUACAACAAUAGUAUCUGAUUUUUUAAUUAUUUUUAUCCCUGAAUCUCCUCUGUAAAUAUGUCACUGGUAAACUAAUAAUAACUCGAACAAGUAUAACGUAAAUUUUUUUGCUUCAUGAAGCAUACCUUGAAUGUUAAUUGCGCCCUUCUUUACUUAUCCUCUUUAGCUGACCGUCGCCGUUCUUAUAAUCUUAUUUUUCUUAAUAAGCUCUUAUCUGGCUCUGUUGACUCCCCUUCUCUUCUUCCUCAAAUUAACUUUAAAGUUGUCAAACCUGUCAAACCGUUGACGAGAUAUUCCACUUUUAAGUUUAGGUUGGAAGAAAAUAGUAGUGCAUUAUUAAUACGCCAGGCGCCGUACCGCCACACAGAUACUCCACUACUCUCCUCUAACCUAAACUUAAAAGUGGAAUAUCUCGUCAACGGUUUGGCAGAAAUCAAAAAUGUCAACACUAAAAUUUAUUUUUAUUAAUACUCCAUCUAUUUAUAAAUAUUUUAAUAUAGGUUGCUGUUUGAAAAUCAAAAGUAGGUUGUGGUUCUACCCCCAAAAAUAACAUAAAUGUUAAAUUGUAAAGCAGCUUAUUUCUUAAAUGUUUUAAAAACAAAUUCCGGAAAAAGUUAAUAAUUUCCGAGAUAAUGAGUGUGCCCACUUAAUGGAUCACCCGGUAUUUAUAAGUAGUUUCAUACAUGCUUUUAAUGAUUUCAGAAAAUAUAAAUAUAAUAUUAAACUAAAAUUCGGUUAAUUUUUGUUUUUUUUUUUUCGAAGUUAUCAGAAUUAACUUGUAGCAGUUCUCGCAAAAUAUAAUACAAAAUUUCGUUAGCCAUCUUCGUUUUAGAGAGAUGAAUCUGUGUGUUCAAAGACUGAAAAAUACUCACUCCCGCAAAACACGCUAAAAUUAAUAUUGAAAUUAUAUCCAACUUUCAGUUUGUCUAAAAACAACUCUAAUCGUGCAUUUGAGCACAUGUUGAUCAAAUGGAAGCCGCUAGAAACGUUAAAAAAAAAAAAACAGGGGAAAUAUAUUAUAAUAAUAUUAUAAUUCUCGUAUGUAUUAUAUGGAGACAUAAUAAUUUAUAACAGACAUAAUAAUAGAGUACAAUAGUCUAUUUUCACGGAAAAUUCGAUAAUAAUAUUACGAUUUUUAUUAAACCACGCACUAUAAUUUGUCUGAAAAGUUCAAUGACUUCUAAAACUAUAUUAUAAUAUAAUGCAUCUUUUACCAAUUUAUAUUAUUUAAUAUUAAACUAUAAUAAUAUAUUAAUAUACAACUUUACAGACUAAACUUGAAUAUAUAGGUAAUGAUAAUGUGUAGGUUAGUACAUAUUUCGUCGAAUAUUUUUUGGAUAGUUACGAAAGAAUUCCAAUAGAAACGUUAAAAAAGUUAAUUAUUUUUUAUUAUUGAUUUUCAUUCAAGACUGACCGUGUACGACUCGUGUUUUUUUUGUCUUGUAAAUUUUAUAGCUUCAUCAAAAAAUGAUAAAUAAGUUAAAUAAUGAAGAAUUUUGGCGAGAGUUUGUGCAUUUAUAUUGAAAUUUACCUCGUACAUGGGAAAUAAAAAGUGAUUUGUACGAUAGAAAUUUAAAACAUGACUGCUAUAUGAAAUUAACUGAUAAAUUAAAAGAAAUUGAUAAAAAGUUUAAUUUUAAUUUUAAAAUACAAAUAUUUCUUUAACAGUUAAUAUUAAAUGGACAACUAUGAUACCUUAUUUUCAAUAGUAAUUGUGUAAACGAAUGACUGAAGAUUGUCAGUCUUGAUUAACCGUGUAUGGAAGUUAUCAAUCGUCAAUCAAUAAUCAGUCUCGACUGCCAAUCACGUUGAUUGUUAUUCAAGACUUACGGUGUAUGGGGGGCUUUACAUGGUAACGUUGUCAAAUGUUUACUGAUUUCUGAGUUUCGACCAAAAACAUAUUCGUAUAAAAAUUAAUUUUGAUAUUGUGAACACUGCUCAUUGUAUUUUAGAUUAUGAACACAAUGAGAAAUGUAUUGGUUCUACUAUACCUUGUGAUUUGUGUGUGAAUAACUUUUCUAGCAGAAAUCUUGUACCAAUCAUCUUAGUAGCAUUUUAGAGUUUUUCAGCUUUUAUUUUUGUUUUAUAUGGAUAAAUAGUUCGACCAAACAAUAAUACUUGAAAAUGUAUUAUGAGGUUUAUUAUUAAUUGUACUUAGUAGUUAUUAGUAAAAAAAAAAGAAAAGUUAAUUGUAAUGAAGUCGUUUUUUAUAAGCGUUUUAAUAGCAAAUUUUGACGAAAAUCAUAAAUAUUACGACAUUUUAAAACGCGUUUAACCAAACUUCGUGAAAAAUUGUAUUUUGGCUGCAAUGAUUUAUUGUUUCGUACAAAUAUAAAUUAAAUAACUUUAUAUGUGUUACCUUUCUAACUUCCCGCUUACAAUAGUGGCGCACCCAUCAGCAGUAUCAGCUCUUUUUAAUAUUUUUUUCAUUUAACAAUAAUCUAUCAUUUUAAAUUCCGAGUAUAACGGAGAAGCUAUUAGUUUUUCUAUGAUGUAUAUUUUUUUUCUCACGGAAAAUUCGUUUUUGAUAAAAGUGAAAAUGCCGAUUCCUGCACCGGAAAUAAAACGUGUCCUAAUUAAUUUGCGGUAAAUAGUUUUAAAAGCGUGAAAAUAAUAUUCUAUAUUAUAUACGCGUUUUGUCUAUAUUCUUUAUAAUACCUAACUACCGUUAAAUAUCUAAAAUAAUAUUUCUUCGAAAGUUCCUUCUCUGUACUUGUCGAAAUUAAUUAUAAUAACAACAAAACGAAAACCCUUUGUGAAUAAAUAAUAAUAUCCCCGGCGGUAUUCACACGUAAUUUUAUUUUAGUUAUGAAAAUACGUUACGAUCAUCUCUUUCACGGAUAUUUCUCUCGGAUUAUUAUAUUAUUAUGUUCGCUUGUGAUUACCAACUCGUGAAAUAAUAAUAAUUGUUUUUGCGUAUUUUCCGUGUAUAAUAUUGUUAAUACAGUACAAAAGAUAAAUAAAUGAUAGUAUAAAAAAAAACCCUCGUUGUCGAACCAGCAAUAAUACCUGAUUUCGAUGUUUUUAUUUCAAUGCAUAGAUAUAUAAAAUAACUAGACAGCGAACUCUGUAUAGUGGCUUGGCAACAAUUUGAAGUCGUCAACCAGGUGGGGCAAAAUAGGAUACAAUCGAUAUAGAUAUAAGUAUUAUCGAUUCGAUGUUUAUUACCUCAUAAUGGACAGUAAACGCAAUAUAAUAAUAACAGCCGUUAAAUACCAAUAAUUCACUAUCGUCUUUUGCCCAACCUGGGGUCUGACUAUAGUAAUAGAUACGAGUUUGCUAUCUAGGUAUUUCAUAAGUUUAUGUUUUAAUGGAAGUAUUGCUACCCAUAAACCGGUCACAUAUUACUAAAUAUAAAAUAUAUUAUUCAGCAUUGUGUUUUCGAUUAGGAUAAAAUUCCAUACCAAAAGUGAUCAUAAAAUCGCGAUACGAACAGCACACUUAUAUACAAAACGAAAAGUUACGAACAAUCUCAUCGAGUUGGUGUUAAAUGUAAUACAGAUCCACUUAUUAUAGAAUCUAAGUAGGCUUUAUUUUAAGGUGCUUCUUCAAAUGUAUUCAAAAAUUUACUGUAUAAAAAUUAUUUCAAAAUGUUUUUUUCGGAAACCAAACAUAUUUUAAAUAUCUAUGGCUAUACAGUGGCACAACUAGGAAUUAUUUUCAGGGAGGGGGAGGAAUUAUGGAUUAAAAAAAAAAUAUUUCAUUAUAACAAAAAAAACUUAUUUUAUUAUCAUGGUACAUGUUACUUAUGAAAUAAUUAUUAAUUGCUUACACUUUUAACUCUAGCUACAGUUAAACAUAGAACUGCAUUAUGAUUGAAUAAUCUUCUGGAUUUAUAGCUAAUAAAAAAUUUAAAAAAAUAACUUAUUUUAUUAUUUUCAAAAAAUUUUAAAAUAGCCAUUUUAUAGGGUUUAUUCUUCUGAAAAUUUUAAUGUAUCAAUUUUGUUUUUCAUUAAAUUUGUGAUUUUAAAUAACUUUUCAAAAUUCAGAGAAAAGAAGUGUACAAUAAAUAAAUUAAUUAAUUAAACUUCUAUGUUUAUAUAAUUAUUGGAUGUUUUCUGAUUUAUUUUUGUAAAUUAAGGUGAUUAACAUUCUUAAUAAUGUAGGUUGUUAUUAAUAAUGUUUAAUUAAAAAAAUGUAGUAUUUAAAUCACGUCAUAUUUGUGAAAAGUGACACCAUAAGUGGUGUCACUUUUCGGUUUUUGACCUACCAAUAUAAUCAAUCAAAUUCAACUAAUUUAAGAAUAAUCUCGGGAAAGAAAUAGGUAGUUACGUGUUCGACGAAAACCGACCAUACCCUAUAUUUUUAAGUUAAUAGUCAUUCCGAGACGUCAGUGAAGUUGGUCCCCCGACUUUUUCCGAUCUCCUCCAAACCAGUCGUAUUAUUUUGCAACACGCGUUUCGAAAUUCGUAAUUCCGUAUUUACACCGCAAAAAGAGUUUUAUUCCGUCAUUUCGAGCAGACGUAAUACGUAAUGUGAAUUUUUUAACUGUUUUAGAUAUUGUCUUUAAAAUUAUAUAUCCAUCGAUUAUAUUUAUGAAAAUAAGGCAAAAAUAAAUGCAUUAUCCAUUAUCUAAUCCUAUAAAAUUAUACUUGCGCGAAACGUAAUUGUAUAGUAUAAAAACUACUUAAGUCAAAUCGCAGAAAUUCUAAUACCGAAGCAUAAAAGCUUUUUAUCCGAAUCGAACGGCACGUGCGACCAGGUAAAGGCUAAUCGAGAACGCUUUUAUAUCUUUUCACAAUAGUUUUAUACGUGAUCAUUUUAUGCGAGACAAAGGUUUUCCGACAAUCGCGUUAGUAUUAUUGCUUAAAACAAAUUUUCCAAUAGAGAAUUAUUUGUUGCAAAAUUGUCGGGUUCACUGAAACAUCUUGUUUUUCUCAAAUCCGGUAAGCAGGUGGUUUUUUUUUUAUUGCGCAUUUGGAUGCGAUACUCUAAUAUUUAGAUUUUACUUGAAUAAAAUUGUAUUAGUUAAAGUUCACUAAGAUUUAACUUAAAUUCCAUCAAAAAUUAUACUGAAUGGUAAAAGAAAAGUUGAGCGUAACAUCGUUGGUUAUUUUAUAAGGAUUUAAAGUUCAAAUGUCCAAUAAAACUCGUUAAAAACAUGAACGAUAUUUUCAUUUAUUAAAUGAUUACAAACUACAAUAGGUAGUUCAGUUUAAAUUUAUUAAAAAAUCGCUUUCUACUAUCACGACCAGAACAGUAACAUACUUCACACUCAUCAACAGUAUAAUUCCUUUUGAUCCACGCUUUAAAAAUAUAGUUCUAAAUAUUAAUUUAACAUUUACGAUUAAAUGAUCUGGUCGUUAUCAUUUAUUUUAGAUGAAAAAGUUAAAUGCCGCGAAAAUCAAUUUGGGAUUGGGUCGGAAGUUUGCAUUAUGGGUUAUAUUAUGGGUAAUAUUUCUAAAAUUAAAUUUCGUGGUGACAUAAUUCUUAAAAAUGAUUUUCAAUGAUAAUUUAGCUUUCAGUUAUUUGUGUAUAAAAUUAAAAACAAAUAUUAAUAAUAAUUAAUAAAUACUUGUAUUUAUUAAUUAUUAUUAUUUAUUUACACUAGAGUCUGCAAUAGUCAACUGUCAACUAAAGUCUGAACAGUAUUGUUUGUGUAUGUUUAAUCUCAAAAACAAUAAGUAGUUAAAUAACGAUAUUUUAUAAAUCUUGUGGCCUGAGGACCCCUCACACACAAAUACGACUGAAGGCACCGGUCGCGUUCGCAGCCCAGCACCCAUGGUCAGGCCAACACUGAUUAAUCAUAAUAUCAAACUUAUAUUAAUACUAGUAUAGAUUGUUAAAUAAAUAUUGUCAGAGCAUAAUCGUAAGCGUUUCAAAAAGUUUUAAGCGCUUUUCAUUGCGAUAACCAUACGCAAAAAUGUUAAAGGUCACCGUUUAUAAUAUUUUAAUCGUUUAAAUUAAUGAUGACAGAAAUUUAAUAUUAAAAUAUUAAAUAUUCUGCAUGCAGAAUGAUUCAGCUAAGUUUAUUUUAAAGAAAUAUUUUAAUCUCGAUUUUUCAAUUAUUAUUGAUUAUUUUAAAGAUCAUAGUUAUCUGAUUUAAUGUUUAAAUAGUACAAUAAGUUCUUAAAUUUGUUCAUCUAAAAUAAAAAGGAUUAAAUUUGCUCAAAAUCUUCACGAGGAUAACCGUCACGUCAACUCAUAAUAAAAUAAUUCCUCUAUCGGUUUAAAAUUUAAAAUGCAUUCAUGAGUAAAAUAUUACAGUUUUACCAGUGACGUCACAACAUAUGAACAGCAAUUCAACAGCAAAUAGGUACCUAUAAUUAAAUAAAUAGUUUUCUAUUGAAAACCUAAAUUUCCUGUAUAAAUUUGUAUACCUUAUUUUAAAACCAUGUUUGAAUAGUUUAUGAAAUCCAGGAAUAUAUGAUUUGUUUUAAAACACAUUCUAAAAUUAAUACGAGUCGUUUUAUUCGAAAACUAUAUUUUCUAUAACUUAUUAUACAUACAGUUAUUAAUGCGUUGUAUUUAUGCAGUUGCGCAAUUAGAUGGGCAAGGUGGGUUUUUCCCUCUAAGUCGUCUGAAGCCCACAAUUCAGAAACAUAACCCCGUUUAUCACAUUUAUUUAAUAUUAAAAUGGAACUCAAACUUCCUUCCCCCCCCCAAGGUUUAUGAGCUAAUUGAACCAUUGUAUCUAAUAUGAAAUCGAUGGAAAAUUCUCGUGAUUUUUCAAACAGGACAUAGAAAAAAUAAAACCUAUUUACAAACAUAUCACUUGAAGAACAAAAGGACAUGAAUAAAUAAAUCCUAAUUUAUUUCAUAUGAUAAAGUUGUAAAAUGCGUUCAAAUUGAAUUGCUAUAAAAACUCAAAUUAGUUACGUUAUUUAAUGGAAUAAAAAAAAAAUUAGAACGAACGGUUAAACAUCAAGUUAGUAUAAGUUAUUUUGUAAAUCACAUUUAUCACGUUUUUGGAACAAUGUUUUCAACAACUGACAACUUACUGAAUUAGUUUCUAAAAUAACCGAUGCAUAUAAUACAUAGGUAUUAGGUACACAAAGCGGAAAAGCCCUCGAAUUAUAAUAUGCGGUAACGACGUAUUAUGUACAGUAACCAUAUUAUAAUUUUGGAUAAACCGUAUAUAAUAAAUGUAUAAUAAUUUACAGGUAUUGGGAACCGAAUCCAUCGACGUCACCGAAGUAUUUAUUCGGUUACAAAGACGACAAGUUCUGUAUAACGCGGCCAUCCUGAUAUUUAUAACAGUGCUGUUAAUAUGUUUCGUACGAGGUAGGUAUAUCGUCUCAUAUAUAGCUUAGUAUGCAUACUAUAUCAUAUCAGAAAAAAAAAAAGCGAAAUCCGGUAUUUAAAUGGAUUUUCAAUGGAAAUGGAAAUGAACAGAGGUAGUUUAUAACCUAGAUUUUAAAAGCGGGAAAUUGUGUGUGGUCAGAGACGGUGAAAAGCCUUGUUACGGCUUUGCGUCUAACCUAAUAUACCCGUGAUAUUUUGUGUGUUUUAAGUCGGCCUGCCUGACAACGUAGGUAGUCAAGAUUCAAUCAGCAAAACAGCAUCAACAAUCGUGCGCUACACAAACGCCGAGGCCACCACAAACUACGCCAACAGCAGUGUUUCGUCGCUGAACACCGUAUCCAUUGUCGUAGAUCAUUCACUGACGCCUCCUACGACCACCGAUCUUUCAGCUAAAAUUACUGGUGACAUAGUUAUAUAAUUAUAUACUUACAGAGUAACGACAAAACUGUUACUUUUAUAUAUUAUAAAACACCUAAUGUAUAUCUACGAUCAUUCUCAAAGAUUCGGAUAGCUAUUAUACAAAAUUUUAAAAGGAGAAUUUUUUCAAGGGAAUAUUUAAAAAAAUAAAAAGCCGAUGCAUCUGAUUAACAUGAAACUAAAAUAGAAAAAACUGAAAAAUAUGGUUUCGUUGUUUUUGUUUUUGUUCUUUUGCUGUAAUUCAGUUUGGUCGGGUUAGGUUGCAGUAACUAUAAUUUGGUAAACAAAAACCGUAAAGACCCGACAUGUUCACAAAAUAAUUUUAUUGGCCUUUUCUAUACGUGGUAAAAUUUUUAAAACAUUCGAAAAACUGUAGAGCAGAGCAAAACUUCGUUUAUACUCGUUGUUUUGAACUAUUUUUUCAUAACACAAGAGUGCAUUUUAACAUGUUAUUUUCAGCGGCGACUACGAACAAUAAUUACGACCCGAUGUUCUUGCCGAAUUCGGGACCAGGAAACGAGAUGUUUGAAGUUUCCAUUUUCAAACCGCAGUUCAAUCCUAUCCCCGACUAUACCAAAAGUAAUUUAAUAAUUUAUAAUAUGAUACCGAAAAUAGUAUUCAGUACCUAUUUUAUAUAUUUUAAUACAUAAUAUAAUACAUGUAAAUAGACGUGCACUAUACUUAUAAAUUAAAAUAUUUAUGUACACGGUAUAAGUAUUUUUUAUUCGCUCGAAUGUGCAUGCAUUUUUAUAACUAAAAAUACCUUCAUGUAUACAUAAUAUUAAUAAGAUAACGAUACGUUUACAUUCGUGAAUUCGGUUUAAAUUUUUCGGAUACGAAAUAUUUAAUUUUAUCAUGCUCGACAUAGAUAUAAUAAUAUUCGAACGCGGUAACGACAACGACGACGAUGGUAGGUACUCGUAUAUAAUAUUAUUAAACAUUUGACGUUUUAUUCAAAUGUAACAUUAUAGAUAGGUAAACCUACCUGCCUGCUACAUCACUGCAUCUAUAAUAAUAUGACAUAGAUUGAUUGAAAACCGGCAAAUCCCGUAUAGUAUACAAUGUCUAGUCGCUGGGACCCGAUACACCGCGAAUAAACCCCUGUGUAAAUGUAUUAUUAUUAUUAUUAUUAUUGUAUGAAAAUACACGACUACGACGGCAACGUUCCAAACUUCCAAAAGUCGUCAGUUUGUAGUACGAGUAAUUCGUUGGUAUAACCUGUACCGAACAAAGAGAACAACUAAUACCGAACAAUCGUCGAUUUCUUAGCGAAUUAUUAUUAUCUACCGUACUUACCUGCUAUCUAUAACAUAGAAUAAUGAUUUUCUCAUCCGGAAACAAUAAUUUUCGGCACGUAUUGAAUUCGACCAUAAUAGUCCUCCCUUCGAAAGGUCAUAUUAAAGGAGUAGACGAAUUAUUAUUGCGAAUAUUAUACUAUUAUAACUUCUAUAUAGAACUCCGAGGGAACGGCACGUGGCUGAUUCUCUGUCCUAUUUUAGAAAUAUAUAUAUAUAUAUCCGAAACAAACUAAUCGUGUAGUAAAACCGCCGAAAAGUUCAAAUAAAAAGCACCCCCCCCCGAUAUUACUUUAUGGCAUUUUUAUAUCGUGUACCGAUUAUCGUAGACCGGUUACUAUAAGCGGUCCGUCAAUCUAUUUUGUCCCCUAAAAAUAAUAAACUCCUUGUAAUAAUAAUCAAGUUCGACUUAAACUAUUUUCUUUUAAAUUGGUUCCAUACUUUAGUAACCGAUUCGUAUUCAUUCAAACCAAAAAUUCGGAAUUCGUAACCUAAACUAUAUACCAGAAAAACCAUUUUCCCGCUGGUGUUAUAAUCCUUCUUAUACUCUUUGCAUACAUUUGUAUCUAAACGAGCAUAUACCUGAUCAAAUUUAUUAUUAAUAUUUUAUUUUUUUAAAUAUAUUUAAAUGUUAUUUAUUAAUUAAUUACCUUGCGAAUACAAAUUUUAUUCGUCCCACUAAAACAAUAUUUUCCAGUGUUUACUAUUAUUUUGUAUAAUACACAUCUAUUUAUAGAUACUUCUUAGUAUUAUCGUUAUUAUCGUAUCUGCUGUGUGUAUGACUCAUGAUUUAAAAUACUAUCUUAAAUCGUGAUAAAAACCUAAACUAAUCCAGAGUAACUCCAUGGACUAUAAUGGUAUAUGAUACAAAAUCAAUGAGUGAUUAAUAAGACGUCGCCACACUCGCAUGUGUUAUCUCCGUCUUACAUACAUACAUACAUCAAACAUUUUAAUUCAGCGGAAUAAAUUUAAUGCUAAUGUAAUGCUAAAUGUAAUAAUAUUAUCUAGGGCAUCUCAUAGGUUUUUAUUGAUAUUUUAAUUUUAAAGUGAGUUAAAAUUAUAUAAAAUAUCAAAACUUUUAAAUGCUCGUAUUAUUAAAUAAUAGAGAUACUAUGUGAUAUUAUUUUGUUGUAAGUAGGAUAAAUUAUUUUAAGUAAUAAACUGAUAAUCACACAAUAUUGAUAAUCAUCAUCAUGAUUUAAAAUAUUACAACACGUCCUAACGGCUAUUUAUUCUUAGAUCGUCAUAAUAAUUUUGAUGAAAAUAAUUAUCGAUUAAAAAUUAACCUUGAAUACUAGAGGACUCUAAUGUUCAUGCCAUCACAAAACUUUGUUCAAAUUUGUGAUGGAAUGAGCAAACCAACUUUGGCGUGUUCAAUUGAAAUCGACGCAUUUUACUGUCUUAACUAGACAAUAAUUUAGCGGGACACAUACAAGAAAAUAGGUACAGUACCGACUUUACUUUUUGUGUACACGUUGAUUAUAAUAAUUCAAAACUCAUUAUUAAAUAUAUUUAUAAAAAACAUUUUUAAUCUUAACAUAGUCUACAUUAUUUAAAAUUAUAAAAAUUAUAAUAAACAGGAAUUAAAAAAAAUAAGGUCUAUUCACACAUUUACAAUAAAAUAAUUAACUUUAAGAAAUUUUUCUGACUAAUAGAGUGCAGACAUACUACAACUAUAUAUAUAUUUAUACAAUUGAAUAUUUAAAAUAUGCUAACUUUUUUUAAAUUAAACAUUUUAACCCGACGUGUGAAAAUGUAUGGUCAGUAUUUUAAAAAUUCAUAUCUUGAAUCCAGCCAUACAGUGUUGUUACUAAAAAAAAAUAAAACUUGUAUCGUUAUUGAAGUACAUUGUUCUAGCCCUUCCAUGCCCCCUAUUUCCUAAACACAUAUAGUACAUAGGUACUUAGGUAUCUUCCUUACGUAUUUUGAUCAAGUACAUGCUUGCUUAGAUGCAACAAUGCAUCUAUGAUAAUAUCAGUGGGAAAAUGGUUUUUAUGAUACUUGGUUUAGGUUACGAAUUCCGAAUUUAUGGUUACGAAUUGGUUACUAAAGUAUGAAACUAAUUUAAAAGAAAAUAGUUUAAGUUGUGGUGUCAGUGUAACGUAUCUCAAAGCCCUCCCACGUUAUAUAUUAUCGUAAAUAAUUUUAGACUGAAUGUGCGUCAAUGUCUGAGAUAGCACAUGCGGGUAGGUAUGGUGACGUUCUCAUGAGCACAAAAGUCACAUUCAUUUUAACCAGCUUAUCACGCAGUCAGUUUUAAAAUCGUUUAUGAUGGGGUUCUACUUUUCUUCUUGCAUUAUUAUGAUACUGAUUUUUCUAUCUUUUUUAAUUCAAAAUAAUUAUAAUAAUACUAUGAUAUUAAUGAACUACCCAAGAUAAUAAUAAUAAUUAAUUUUAUAUUCAUGUCUAAAGUGAAUUGAUUUAGUGUAAUUUAGGUAACAUAAACUCAAAAAGUACCCCAAACUGUUACAGAGAGAUAACAUCAAGAAAAAAUUAUAUACCCCAUAAAUACUGAUAUAAUGUAUACUUGUCCCGUCUGUUUCAUUGUUAUCUAUAGAUUAUGCAUAUUGCCCAAUUAGAUUUCGCGCAGAUCCCCGUGUAUUUUCCGCAAAACUUUCCUUUCAAAUAUAUGCAAUUUUUGUUCGUCUUUUUUCGUAGUGGACUAUACGUCUCACAUGCAUAUAUUAUACUAUAUUGUCACAAAUAGCAAGUAUAGAGUUUAUCUUUUGUAAAUUUAAAUAUAUACGGUUAAGAUUUUUAAUUUUGUAUUGAAUGAUUUAUUUCGUAAUUAUUAGUAUUAUUAUUUUUUAAUCCAUACAGUAAAAUUAGGUCUGCACUAUACGAUCAGGGAUGGGCAGCUGGCUAUACAGCACAUUUAGAGAGUCAGUCUGACUAACGAACAUACGUAUAUUAUGAAAAACUUUAAUAAAAUAACUUAUAAAUUGUGACGUUUAGGUUGAUAUUAGAGUUUAAACGCAAAUAACAUGUAAGAGGAAAACAUUUUCGAAAUAAAUAUGUUACUGUUUUUAUUUUUAUUUUUAAAUAUAAUUAUCAAACAAAAAUAUCACCGUCAUUUUAUUUCUUGCUUUUUUUUUUUAUUACUAUGACUUUUGUGUUUGAUAAUAUUUCAAAAAAAAACUCGUUCUCAUUCCCCUCGAAAAUGUUAUCCUUAUUAAAUUCCGUGAUCUGUGAUUAAGUUCAGUUUAAAUGCCACAAUUUAUGUUCAAAGUUUCGUAAUUUUGCUACGUUGCCGACAUUAAACUGAUACGAUAAAUGAGUGUGUUUGAAAUAUACAAUUUAAUAAUAAUUACUUAUUUUAAAGUCACAUUAAAAAAAAAAAGGACGGACAUACUUCGCACGUGGGAAGGUAAGAUACAGACGGGAAUUUAAUGUAUAUCUAUGAGCAAUGAUAAACCAUUGCUAAAGAAAAACGAUUCUGAGCGGAGUUCAGUUAAUAGUGUUGCUUUGUCAACAAUAUAAAUAUGUCAUAUUAUGGUAAAAAUGAUUACAACAAUGAUUGUUUAAAAAGAUUUAAAUAAUAAAACUCAGUUAUAACAAAAAAUUAUUAAAAACGGUUGUCAAUGACAACCUUAUUUAUAUUCUUUCAAUCGUUUUUAACCUAAAGAACCAAGUUUUCUUCAUUAUCUUGAACAUUAACGAGAAUUUCCAAAAAUGACCCAGAGGACAUUAGCGUAUAAAAAAGAUGCUAUAAAAUCAGAGUAAAAUUUCUUGUAGAAAAGUGUUCACAUUAAAAUAAAAAAUAAAAAAUAAACUUGUUUGUAAUAACCAAUAAAUUCUUUUUCAUAAUGUAAAAUAAUUGUAAUAAUAAUAAUUUAUUUUAAUACAAUUUCAGUAAAUAAUAAUUUUAUAAUAAUUUUAAUAAGUUUCAAGUUGAAUGUAAAAAAAAAAAGCGUAACUAAAUCAGGGACGUAUUUUAGGGUCGAAGUAAUUUUCACAAUUCUAGGAAGCAUCAUAAUCUUUUAAAAUAUGGUAGAAUAGUAGUUUUUAAGAUUAACCCUAUCCUAUCGUUUACAGUCGUUCAGCAGGACUUAAAUUAAUUUGUUUUUGAGUACAAAGUGUGCAGUUUUAAUAUAAAACGUGCAGUUCAAAAUUAUAGUGAGUUCUAAGGUAAAUUAGUUUUAUGAAAGUAUGGUGAAGGAACAGAGCCCCAGGGCACCAAAAAUGUGAAUACGUCUCUGAAUUAAAUAAUUAACUAUUUAUGUAAAAUCAUUAAAAAAAAAAAAAAUUAAGAAUUUAUUAAGUUGUAUUAUUUUUGUUUUAUAUUUUGAUAUGGCCCGCUAGAAUUUAUUAUUCUAAAAAUUAACCAUCUAGUAAUUUGGAUUUGCCCAUCCCUGUGUAUAAUGUAAUAAUAUUUACUUAGUUGUAGUCUUUAGUUUACGUUCAAAUAGAUAUUGUAAUAUAUUUUAUGUACAGUGAGUCGUCGUCAAGAUAUGUUCUCCUGUAGUAAAACAAAAUUAGUUUAAUUAGUAAAAAUAUGUAGUUUUUUUUUUUAACAUAGUUUAAAAAUUAUGACACACUGUACAUGUCAUGUAAGGUUAUAUGUAUAUUAUUUUAGUACGAUUAUUAUCACACACGUUUUAUUUAUUUUUUAUUUUUAUUUUUAUUUUUUUUUUGUCACUAACGCACAAUUUUAUCACUGCACAGGCACUUGCCUACCGUCUUUUUGUCAAAACGUCACGUCCACUUUAGCACAGUACCUGUAUCCUGCACCUUACAACAAAGAAUACGUAAUUAUUAUUAUUAUUAUUGCUAUCCGUUUGACUCGAAGGAGAAUAUAAUAGUAUCUAAGUAAUAUAUAACGUGCCCUACUUGAAACAAAUGAACGGUCAUGAUAUAAGUAUAAUAAUAAUAUUGUAAACGUUAUAAUAAUAAGUAUUUAAAUUACUUUUUUCACUCGAUAUUUAUGUUAUUCACUCCGCUAGAAUGACAUUAUUUAUGAUAUUAUUAUUUUACUUAACCAACUUGAAUUUCACGAGUGGUUUUUGGAGAGGGUUGAGGAGAGGUCUCAAAUAAAACGAAAGCCACCCAAACAGAAAAACUCAUUCGAUUCCAUUAAAAAUAAACGCCACUUUAUCUGCGAAAUAGAAUCGAAAUGCAGAUGGAUGUGGUAACCAUUCACGAUAAUAAUAUUAUUAUUAUUUUUUUUUUUUAUCAUUUUCAUGAAAAAUAAAUGAUUUUUCAGGUGACAUUUUUUCUAGAAUAAAGAAAAACAAAUCUCAUGGAAAUAUCCCUAGAAAGCUCUUUUUAAAUUUAUUUUAAUUAUGUUUAUUUAUUUAGGUAGGUCCAUCAAAAAUAAUACAUUUUUCCAAGAUUAUUAUAAUAGACAAUUGCCUGCCUGUAUAUUGUUAUAUUUUAUGUAUUGGCGAUAAUACAUUUUUUUUAAUCAAUGUUUAUGAUUUUUUUUAUGAACUUUUAAAAACAAUUUUGUUUUAUGUUUAUUUGCAUUAGAAAAUUAUGUCAAUAAAUUUCCAUUUCGAAUAGGAUUUUGAACCGUUCGCGAUACAAUAGUAAUAUAUAAUAUUAUUAAAUAAGUUUUAUAACAACAGUUAAGUAAACAAAUUUUAUAUCCUCUUUCGAUAACAAAAUAUAAUUGACGAUUGCACUUCGUCACCAGAACAGACUACGAGAACUAUGACUAACUAUAUAAACUUGCUUUUGUUACGGUUUAAAGGAUCCCAAAGAACUCAUGGCAUUGGAGUCUGUGAUCAACGUCCGGUGCUACGAGCUAACGGCUCUGUACUUUUGCGCAAUUUUUGCGUCUAAAAAUUGUGGGUUCCGCAAAGUGAGGCCUUGUCUAUCGCUCUGUCAAGGUAAAAACUAAUUAAUUAACUACAUUACUUUCAUAAUUUUAUUUUUCCACGAGGUCUGGUCAUGGAAAAUGGCUGAGUUUUUACGAUUUACAAUAUUCACAGAGACUAUUCGGAGCUGUGGUUUCUUCUUCGAUAUAUUCGAGGCGAAUCAAGAAAACCGCGAAUGCAUGCAUUUCCCAGAUGACCACGUCAACCCGACCGCAUAUUGCGUUGGGCACAAGGAGGUGAUCGACGUCAAGAAAAUGAAACUAAAAGCACGUGAGUAUCUGCCUAUAUUAAUAACAUACCUAUUCAAUUAUUUCUUUGGUCCCAGGGAAAAUGGGCUUAAUUCAACUAUUAAAUUCAUAAGUAUAAUUUUCAAUACAAGCAAAUUAAAUUUUGAAAAUUGCUACAAGUGAAAAUUAAAUAUUUUUAGUGAUUAAUAACAUUAAAAAAAAAUAUAUCAUACAUUUUUAUUAAACUGAAAAAAAAUUAAACAAAAUUACACCUGACAAAAUUAUAAAAAAUGUUUACAAUUUACUUAAACCUUUUUUCCCUGGGACUAAAUAUAAUCAUAAUAUCGUAUAAUUGUCACUGAGCAUAUAUAAGUUCGAGCCUAUUACAAACCCAUUUUCUAUGUACUUUUACACAUUUAAUAACAAUAUGCAUUUUGCUUAAAUAAUAUGUUCGGUUUUAGACUAGGAAAAUAUUACAAAGUGAAUAAUAUAUUACAUAAAAUUAUGUAUUAGAUUAAAAUUUAACCGUCGAGUUCGAUUCUCAACGUUAAGAGUCGAAAUUGCGGUUUAUUCAAUUGAAACUCGUAUCUUUUCCGUUAUGGAAUAAUGAAUAUGUAUUAAUACUAAGAUCUUAAAAUUAAUAUGUUACGUGGUGUCGGGACGUCGUCGUAUGACUGAUUCGGGUGACAUAAAGCGAAAUUUAGUGACCAAAACGUCGUUGUCAGAAUAUUAUACUAUUAUUACACAAAUGCAAAAUUAUAUAAUAAUAAUAUAUAGACGACAACAUUUAUUUGAUUUUCUGGAAUUUUAAAAAUUAUCAUUUACAAAAUGUAAAACGAAAAUUUGACAUCUGAAAUAACAUUUAUUUCAUUCAAUAUUUUAGAUUUCGUGUGGAACGAAGAAGCUUAUGGUUUUUCAAAUAUGUUUUUUUUUUUUUUUUUUUAUCUGCGUGCAAUUUUUCUAUCAGAAAUCUUGCUCCGAUUUUUAAGUAUAGCAUCUAUUCUGAAAGAAAAUUUAACUGGGGAGAGUCUUUAAAUAAGUCAUUUUUUUAUUUUCUUACUAGUUUUUCCAAGAAAUGAAAAACGUCGGGAAAAACCAUAGGUGAACACUAGGAAAGACGAGAUAAUCGGUACAAUAUUAAACAAAUAUUUUUAAAGAAAUUAUAUAAUGCCUAUGCAAUUAUUUUACCGUAAUGUGGCAUAUUGUUGACAAAGUAACUGCACUAUCAACUGAACUCUGUUCACAAUCGUUUUUUCGUUAUCAAUGGUUUAUCGUUGCUUACAAACAUACAUUUAAUUUUCCCUCUACUUGUUUUCCAACUUCUCACCUACAACAGUGACUGCACCCAUCUCCAUUACCCUAAGGAUACCUUUUUAAUUUUGAUUGUUUGCUCCUGCGCUACAUUUAAAAUAGUAUUACGUUUAUUUUUUCUUUAGAUGGGGUGACUUAAAAUAUAACAUUUUAAAUUUGACUAUACUUUUUUUCAAAACAAAAUUCAAUAUAGCUAUUUUGUAAAAUUGUUUUUUAGAAAAAUGUCUGUAUUUAAAACUUUUGUUUAGUUAUAGUAAUUUAUUUACUACAACUUUUUGAACUUACUGAAAAUGUGACUGUUAUUUUUGCAUAUAAUCUAUUAUAAUAUCUAUUUAAUCUAUUUUUAUCAAUAGUCAGAGCAUAUGACCAAAUGACAAGGAUCUUUUUCAUGAUCCCAGUACCGUAGUCAGAAAAAAUUUUCGGUGAAGAAAGAGGCCACUUAAUUUUUUUAUCAUGUUUUUGUUAAGCUAGAAUAAUUAUCACCUAUUAUUUUAUGACUACCUUAUUCUUUUAUCACUUAUUAUAUAUACCCCCUUAGUUUCAAAACGUAAAAUUAAAACAGAGUGUGCAUAUUAUGUUUUAUUCAAAUUUUAGGUGCAUACCAAUUAUUUCAGAGUACAAUAAAUGUAUUAUUAUAUUUCAGAUUGUCACGGUGGGUUCAAAUGUGACGAAAAGAGAUGUAUUCCAAGGGACUGGAGGUGUGAUGGACACUUUGAUUGUAAAGACCACACGGACGAGAUGAAAUGUUCCCAAUGUCCAGGUAAGAUUUUUAAAAAUUAUUUUAAUUCCGGUACAUUUUAUUAUAUUUGGUAAUUUCGGUUGCGACAAAUGAGCUCCAAUUUUAAUUUUGUCAUUAGUUGAUUGGAGAAAAAAAUGCAAAAUUUAAAUUUUAUAAGUUGCAAAUAUUUUUGGUCAUCUCGUAUUAUAAUUUUUCAUUAUAGAUUUCUACUCCUCGUAUUAUUAUGAGUUAUAUAAGUUAUAUUAUGUAUGCCAAGAAAAAAAUACUCGAGUUUAGUACUAAAAUCUUAAAAACGGUUAAAAAAAAUGUGUUGAAUUGCAUGGAUUCUAUUGAUAUUCUCUACAGUGAAAAGAAAAAAAAAACUAUUCAUAAAAAAAAUCGCACAGUGAAAGGUUAGUACAUAAAAGGGUUAAUUUCCGAUUGGAAUUUAAUAACUAAUUGAAAUAUUUUAAUAUUCAUUUAUACCUAUUUAACUCGAUAUAUCAAGUUCAUAAUUCAAAAUAAAUACGUUCUGUAUUUUAAUUUCAAAUUCAAAUAAUAUCAUAAUAUAUAUUAUGUACCUACGUAGUUCAUAAUGGAUAAAAAAAUAACUGUUAAAAUAUAAUUGAAAUUAAAUUAAAUUUUUUUUUCUCCCCGAAAAAAAUGAUUUUUUUUGUGUCUAGUUUAAUGACUAUAAUAUUAUAUAAUUUGAAUGCAGUUCAUUAAUUAAUACUUAUUUCUGAUCUUGUGUGGUUUUUUCCAUAUUAAUAAUAGUAAAUUAUUUUUAGUGGGUAAUGUGAAAGUGCACCCUGUCACGAAGAGGAUUUUUCCAUUAUCAAAAGUAAAAUGUAUUUUAAUUUCAUCAUCUCCCCUUUUUGUACCACAUUUGUAAAUAAUAAUUAGAAGUAUAGUCAAAUCAAUUGAAAGAUUAAAAGCUUUAACCUAUAAUUUUAAUAUUGUGUCAUCCAUAAAAAAAUAGUGAAUUGAAGCAUUAAUUUCAUUAGGAAUUAUUUAGUAUGGAAAACAUAACGCUCUUAGUUUAUUUGCUCUUAAGUAAAUUAUAUUAUAAUAUUAUAGAGCGUGAAGAGAAUUCUAAAUGAGAUAAUUAUUUUUUGAGUAUUAAAAAUGGAUACAUUAUAUUAAUUUUGAAAAAAUAUAUUAAUAUAAAACAGUUAGGCAAUAUUAACCGUUAGUAUUAUACUUUCCACUCGUAUACGAGCUACAGGUGCAGUACACUGCGAGUCGUGUUAAUAUAAUAUAUGUACGAGUGGAAAGAAACAUACAUACAAAGUUUAUUUGCUAUUAGUAAAAGGUCGGCCAGAGGGUAGAGGAAUUAAUUUGGCAGCAGCAGCAUUUCUGUUUUUGCGAUAAAAAUAAAAAUUUAUCCGACAAAAAAAUUUGUGAUGCACAAAAUCGCAAACAAACCGAUGAUCUUGUUUACGAAAUAUUACACAGAGUCUGAAUAUAACUGUUAAUAAUAUAAUUUAUUAUAGAAAGGAACCCUGUAUUUUAAGGAGUUGCGUAUAAGUAAUUUUAACGGUUUACGCCUCAAAAAGAAAUUGUUUGUAUUCUUUUCGAUACAUCUAAUUCCGAUGAUAUAAUUUUAUCGAAAGGCAUUUUAUCCCGUUGAUAUUCUAAUAUCUGUACCUACUACGUCAAUAAUAAAUAAUAAUAUUAUUAAACGAUCUAUAUCGUUUACCAUAUGUAGUUUCUAUAUAUUGCAUAAUAGUAAGCUCUGUAUACUCGUCGUAACUGACGGAAUAUCAACAGAUAAAUAAUUUUCUGAUUGCGAAUUACACUAACGGGGGAACUUAAAAUAAAAAUUUUAAAGUUUACAAUAAUUUAAAAAAAAAAAACUCAAAACAACCAUUUUGUAAAAUAAUUUUUUAGGAAAAUUUUGGUAGUUGAAACUUUUUUUGAGGUGUAAUCUUUUAUUUUCUAAAAUUUUUAGAAGUUUUUGCGAAUGUGAAUAUUAUUGUGCUUUAUAGUCUAUUUUAAUAUUUAAUCAAUAGUCAGAGCUGUGACAACAGUAUACCUACGUAUUAUUCAUUAAUAUUAUAGAUGUUUGAUCAUAGGUCGAUGUUUUACAAAUUCAAACCAAAAAUAAAAUAAACCUAUUCGAUAUUUAAUUUAAGGAUGCUGAAGCAUCGUCUUCUAAUUAUAGAAGGAAAUUGAAAUUUUAGAAUGAUAACACUAAACAUAGAUUUAAAAAACUAGAGGGGUGCCCAGAAGCGUGCCUAGGAUCAAUAUUCAGAACAGGCCUGGUUAUAAUUAAAAUAAUUUCAAUAAUAUAUCACUUCAGUUAAGCUCAUUUUACCGACCAAAAAUCGGUUUUAUACGGAUUGAAAUAAUAAUCCCAUUUUGCUGAAAUUCCUAUUUUCUAAUUUUGGUGGUACUCUCGCCACAGUUUAAACACAUUUUUUAUUUGUAUGUUGUUUUUUUUUUUUAGAUAAAAAAUGUUAAUAUAUCGUAAUUAAUUAUUAUUAAUGAUAACCGUAUAAAUUAUUUACUAAUCAGUUACAUAUGAAGUUACACAAUACGAAGAUGUAAAUUGAAUUGUAAUUGUAAUUGGGUUAUUAAAUUUAACGAACUGAUCAAUCAUCUUUGUGAUCUUACAAAGAUUAUUAACUCUAAACUGAAUUCUUUUCUAUUGAUAUUAACAUUUUAAUAAUUACGAGUAUAAUAAACAACUUAUUUUCGACUAUUAUUCGUGGUUUAUGGUGGUGAUGACCUUAGGGGUCUCACGCCAACAAAUAUAUUCUACACGCCACUAUCCACUGAUGUCUAUCAACAAAUAUUAACUAUUAAAUAAAAUAAUAAACAAUAUUUUACAAAGCCCGUACAGAUGAUCGUAGAGUAUGUUUGUACCCGAAAUACACAUUACAAAAAUACUAUAUGUAACUUAAAUCGAUUGAAUAGUAAUUUUACAGCGAAAACGCUAAUUUCGUUGCAAUCACGACUUGAUUCAAUUCAUAAUAAUUAUUUGCGUGAGAAACGUAAAAUUUUGGGAAACACUGACUCCAUAACUAGUAAGUAGUAAAAAACGAAUUCUUCGAGAUAUAUAAUGCGCCCUACGAAUUCCGAUUCAGGAAAAUCGAAUACAUUUUUAUUUAUUUUCUAUACGUGCGUUUUUGUUUGCAUACACAUUCAUACGGUUUCACUUCAACUCGUCUUCCAGAUUUGUUUCGUUUUGUUUUUUUAUGUUUCUGUAAGUAUACUUAAUAUUCUCUUCCAGUAUACGAUACCGCUAUAUAUUAUAUGAUAUAAAAAACAAUAAAAUGUAUUUUAAACUUUAUUCCUCACACGGUGCGUAACGCCACCAUGUUACAAUCAAUGCGUCCCGUUUGGAAUUUAUUAUUUAACCGGGGAGUGGGAAAUGUGAAACCGAAUGUUGUACGAAUUUCUGAAACAAUUGACCCUAAGAUUAUUAACGAUUUUAUCUUACUAACAUAACCAUAUUAAUAUUAAUAUUCACUUCUAAAACGACGUUAAUUUUGAGCCCGUUUUCAAAACUGUCUCAUUUCCAACUUAAAAAUAAUUUACUAAAACAGGUCCAAUAAGUCAAAUAUAAGUAUUAUUACCAAGUUUCAAGUAUCUACAUGUCUCAUUCAUAACCAAAUUAUAACAAAAAAACUCACAAAAAUUAAAAUUCUUUAAAAGCUUAUAUGUGGCUAAAAAGUUUUACCGUUGGAAAGUAAAUCAAAACUGCAACAAAAAAAAUUUCUUAUGAUUUUUCGAUUAAAUCAUUUCUUCUGAUAGAAAACGUCGACCGUGUUUUUAUGAAAUAAUGAAAUCGUGAAAUUGUACGUUUUCCUACGUUUUUUCUCACUUAAGAGCUUUUAUUUAAAAAACAAUGUCAAAAAUCAAAAAAAUGACCUUGAGCUUUCAGAAAAAUUGCUACACAUAAAAAUCGGAACAAGUUUACUGAGAAAAAAUGUGUCCACAGACUACAAAAAAAAAAAAAAAAUAAACAUCUUAAUAAAACCGCGAGGGGGCCAUUGUGUUUACAAUGCUAUUUUUUUUUUUUUUUAACUAUAAUAAUUAUUUUUUUUUUCACAUUAACUGAACUAAGAAAGAACAAUUCAAUUUGAAAUGACAUAAAUAUAAAUUAUUUUACUAAUUUUCCCAUUAAUAAGUAAUUAUAGUAAUUUUUUAUUUCUGUCAAGCCGUUAACGAAAUAUUCCACUUUUAAGUUUUGAUUGAAGGAGAGUAGUGGAGUAUCAUUUGUGUAGCGUGUUAAUAAUGUACCACUAUUCUUCUCCAACCUAAAUUUAAAAGUGGAAUAUCUCGUCAACAGCUUAACAGAAAUCAAAAAUGGCAACACUCAAAUUUAUUUUAACAACUACUCCAUAUAUUUAUGGAUAUUUUAAUAUAGAUUGCUAUUUGAAAAUCAAAAGUAGGUAGUGGUUUAACCCACAAAAAUAAGGGUGACAAAAAAUAACAUAAAUAUAAAAUUGUAGAGCAGCUUGUUUCUUAUAUGUUCUAGAAAAAAAAUUUUAGAAAAAGUUAAUACUUUCCGAGAUAAUGAAAAAAUUUCAAAAAUGUAAUGCCUCAUCAUUAAUAAACACUUAUAACAUCAAUAUUUUGUUUCAAAAUAAAUGUAAUAAAUACGUAAUAUGUUAUCUUAGGUAUUGUAAAACAUAUUUAAUGAUUGGGCCGUGACUGUUGUAGUUGAGAAGCUGGGAAGGUAAAAGGAAAAUUGAAUUUAUAUCUGUAGGCAACGAUUAAUCAUUGUUAACGAAAAACGAUUCUGAGCAGAGUUAAUAUUUACGAUUUGAAAAUACUUAAUACAUUUUGUUAUUUUUCUCGAUUUUCACGGUUUUCCCCAUUUAUAAUGAAAACCCCAGCUGGAAUCAAAAAAUGACUUCAUGAUCAAUACAUUCCUCGCUCCACUCAGAAUCUAAAAUAAUGUGCGAUGACCGUAUUAUUUUGUUAAAUUAUUUAAAAUUCACGAAGAAAUUUCGAUAAAAUAUUUCUCGCCAAAAAAUGACAAAACUGUUCGUCAUGCUAUUUCGAUAACUUUUUGUUCUAUCAUUCGACCUUUAGCCAAACUGUUCAGUCAACCUGCAGGUAAACAAUCGAAUAAAAAAUACGGGAAAGUACGAGAUCGAUUUUCCUAGGUUAAGGGGAUGUAAAUCUGUUCCUGAUAUUCCGACUAAACGCGUCGGUCAUCCUAUCUACGUACUGCAGACCAUGGUACAUCAUGUGCGAGGCCUAAAACCGAAAACAAUAUUUAUCUCGUUUCCAUUUUGUUUAAAUUGUUUUUUUCGAUUUCGAUUUUGAAUCAUUUUAACAAUAUCAGUUUUUUUUUUGCGGUUUCGAUUUCGGUUUUAUAUCAGUAUUACUGGUAUUCAAGCUCUGGUAAAAAGGUCUGAACUAUAAUAUAUUAUUAUAAUGAUAACUAAUUUUUAUAUCUUCUCCGUGAAACCCUUUCGUGAACGCAUACAACGAAUAACUACUACAGGGUACAGAGAAAUUGAUUUAUGAACCCUUUCUGGGGUUAUCUUUAGUGUCAACAAAUAUCUCGGACGGAACCGGGCGCCAUCAUUAUCGUCGACGCGACGAUGUGGAGAUUUGAAAAUACUGUAUUCUAUAAUGUAAUAAUAUUAUAUAUUAUGUAUUAAUAUUAUAUAUCAAAUAGUUUACCGCAAAAUUAAUCAAAAUUCCGUGGCAGACGUUAAUCGAAAAUGUCGCCGACUUCCGCAUCGCCGUGAUGCGUUGACAACGUGCGCCGUUAAAGAACAUAAUAAUAUUUUUCUAUCCUGGUAAAAUGUGUGCGACGUUUUUUUUUCUUCUGUAAAAUGAUGAGAUAUAUUAUACACGCAUACAAAUAUUGUUGUUCACUCGCAAUCGAUUAGUCCCGGCGGCGGUAACAUAGAGUUGCCUAAAAAAUAAAAAAAAAAAAUAUAUAUAUAGGUCACGACGGCACAUCCUUUAGUCAUUUAUAUGUAUGCUGCGGCGUUCCAUUAGUAUAUAGGUGGGUACCUAUACGCAAUAAAACAUUUUUACGAAACACAUAAAAAAAAAAUCAUAAAUUAUAGUUACAGGUAGGUAUAUCAAAUAAAAUACUAUAUCCAUAAUUGAAUCGAAAAAAAAAUUAUAAUUCCGAAUCAUAUGUUUUUGUUUUCUUAUUAAGUAUUGUUUUUAUGCACAAACAUGUUAUUAUUAUUUUCGUGUUAAAUACGAGUAAAUUGCACAUACCUCUAUUCGACAAUAAAAAAGUACCGUGAAAUCGAAAUUAUCGCUUCGUUCGUUGAAGUUUACCGCCAAAAAUUUAAUAUUUUAAAACUAUCCAUCUAAAAAUAUAUUAUUAAAACGUAACAUUGUCAAAUAUUCUACAUGUAUACAUAUAUUAGCCUUUAUUUUUGUUUCUAUUAUAUAUUAUUAAAAAAUCAAAAUAUAUAGUUAAUUUUGUUAAGAAAAGUUAUAUUUUAUAUUUUUUGUGGUAACUAAUAAUAAUAAUAUAACUGGUAACCAGAUUAUCUGUUCUAACUAAACAGUCAUUAGCCAAAGUUAUAAAUGUAUAAAUUAAUUUUUAUCACAAAAAAGAGGCUAUUGUAAUCUCAUAUUUUAAUAUUAUAUGAUAACUUAUAUAAAUAAGUAGCUAUAUGUCAUAAUUAUUUUCUGAACUUAAUUUAAAAAAAAAAAAAAAAAAAAAAAUACUUUUUGUACAGAAUUUCAAUUGGAACCCUAAUAAAAGUACAAGGGAUUUAAAGAAAUAGACGUAUUAGGUACAUUAGUCGUAAAAAAAAAUUGCAAAAAUUUCUGUGCCGUGACCAGGAUUCGAACCUGGGUUAUUGCGGCCACAACGCAAGGUCCUAACCACUAGACGAUCACGGCCCGUAUGUAAUAUUUGUUUGAAUUACACCUCUUAUACCAGAAAAAUAACAUAAACAUAUAUAUAUUAAAUUUAUCGAUUUAAUUUUUUUAUUUAUAAUUUUAAUCUUUAUCACACAAACGUAUCUUUAAUUAAGUUCAUUAAUAUUGACAAAUUAAUCCGAGCUCUCAUAUAUCAAUACAGGAUUGGACCUACUGGGAAUCCAUUCCUAGUGAACUUAGUGCACUGCUGUCUGUUACAGUGUCUAUACUAUUAUCAAUGCCUAGACAAAAGUUAUUAUCAUUAUACCUACCUAUAUAAGUAUUAAGUAUAAGUAAGUAUGUAUAUUAUAUAUUAUAUAUAUACUUAGUACUUAAUAUAUGUAUAUACUAUGACAACCAACAAUUUUAUCAAUAUCAAACAAAUAAUUCAAACUAACAACUUUGUUAAAUGGGCUAAUAAUAUAAACUAGAUAAAAUAGAAAAAACUAGUAUAAAAAUUACUAAUAGUUUACCACUAAACUGUUAAAAAUAAAGACUAAACAAUUCGCACCCAAAUCUACAGAUGAUCUAAUUAUGAAUUAAUGAAGUUUUUUGAUGUUAAUGUUUGCAAUAUAAUAUUUGACUAGGUUAUCCAAAGUAUUAAGUUACGAUUUUAAAAACAUAAGGCCUUGUUUUCUAAUUUUAAUUGCCUUAACUCAAAUAAUUUGUUUACUAAUAAAGACUGUUUGCUAAAAAGUGCAUUGAAAAAUAUUUUUACAAAAAUUGUAUCAUUUCAAACCAAUUUAUCUUGUGAACAGCUUCGUCUAGAAUACAUAGGCUUUAUUUUAAAGUGGGAUUACCUUAAAAUAAAUUAUACAAAUGUUUAUAAUUGUAAAAAAAGUUUUAAAGAAAGUGUAGGUGAAUCAGAUAAUAGCACAGAUAAGUAUUUAUAAUUUUAGAAUAUGCUCGUUAACAAUUAAUUAAUAAUAUGUAGGUAAUUUGUGAACAUUUUUAUCUGUAACAAAACAACGUUUUCACCUUUCAGUGAUAUACAUAUAAUAUUAAUUUACUUUCUGUUAUUAUUGUAGAAAAUAUGCCAGAAGAAAUAUGUACUUACUCAACAAACAGAUAAUACUAUUAGACCAGUAAAGUGUUGUGUCGUUUGUUUGGUUUGUUUUGUUGGAAACCUUUGGUUUAGAUUUAUUGUAACAUGAAACUAAUUUCUUUCAAACUGGCCUUUCUUUAGGACUGCGCAAAGUAAUAAUAUACAAAUGUUAGAAGUCAUCUGCCCUAUUUAUUACCUAUGUAAGCAUUGAACCGAAAGCAAACUACAACAAUAACAUUAUUUAGACGAAUUCGGAAAUAACAACAAUUAGUAAUUGAAUAAAUAAAUUAAUAUUUUCGUCGAUUUUACCAAUCAAAAAACGUUCUGCAUAUAAUGUACACAAUUUGUUUAAUAUAUUAUUUUUAAUAAAACAAUAAAUUAAAUUAGAUAUAAUUCACAAUCAAAUAAAACAAAUUAUAAAAGAUUUUGUAGGUAUUUUAUAUCAAUGUGGUAUAUUGAAGUAUUUACAAUUUUUAUUAGAAAUUGUUUUGUUCUAUACCUAAGUACAAUGCGUUUAUCGUUCAUCGAAUUAUAAACUUAAAUAACAACAAAAUAACCCAAUGCACCUUUUUCAACAAAUUUUAUCUGUUAUAAAUAUUUUUUGAAAUUCAUCAAAUUUGUGAAAUAUGUAUAUAAUAGGUAUCGUGAUACUAGACCUUGAAUUCCGUUUGAAUAAACAUACACAAACAAACCUGUUCUAGGAUAAUGGGAAUGGGUGCAGCCACUGUUGUAGGCGGGAAGUUGGGAAGAUAAGAUACAGAAGGGAAUUUAAUGUAUAUCUGUAGUCAACGAUAAACCAUUGAUAACGAAAAAACGAUUCUAAGCGGAUUUCAAUUGAUAAUGUUGCUUUGUCAAUCAAUAUAUACGUCAUAUUAUUACUCAAUUCAUAUCUUAUACGUAUUUUUAUAAUAUUAUAAAAUCACUUAUAUUUUAGAGAAAUUUCAAACCCCCUCACACAAAAAAUGUGUGUAGAUUUUGUAUUAAUACAACACGCAUCUGUAUAAUGUAUAUAAUAUAUUUAUAGGCACCUACUAUUAAGUUGUAUUAAAUAUUUAUUUGGACUUUUAAAACGAAAUUAUUCUGCUGUGAUGGUUUUGUGUAAAGACGAUUAUUUACAUCAAAGGGCCGAAAACCAACUUGUUUACCAUAAAAGAGUCGUCAGUAUAAUGUUUAAACUGUUCAUCAAUAAACCAUAGGCAAAUAUAAAAUCGACCGUCCGUUAGUUGGUUAAUUAUUCACCGGGUAAAUGGUAGGUAUAAGUACAAUAUUAUGUUGCUUCACUAUCUGUUAAGUUCUAAAAACAUAUUUCGAUUUACGAGUUAAUUUGCGAAUAUUAUUAUUAUUUUAUAUUCAUUUUCUAUAACAGUUAUAAAAAUCGAUAUUAACAUUUUAUUAUUUAAAUUAUAGGAUUAUUCGGUUUUUGUUUGUAUCUUUUCUCAUCACUUUAAUCGUGGUCUUUGGAUAGGGUAUCGCUUAUGAAAUUAUUACCCGUAUAAUAUACAAUAAGAUGCUAUACAGUGUAUAAUUAUUAUAUCAAUAUCAUUUAUAUCUAGAGACUAGAAAGAGUACCUGAGUGUACCUCAACCAAAAAUAGUAUAAGACAAGUCAACACAGCGUAUCAUUAUCAAUGGCGUAGCCAAAAUUUUGAAAUGGGUGGAAGGGGGGCAAAGACAAACAAUUUUUUUAAAAAUUCUGUACUAUUAACGAUAAUAAUUUUAAUUUUAAAUUUAAAUUUAUUAACAUUCAUUUUUAUCAAUCUAAUAAUAAGGACGUCGGUUAGAUUUUGAAGAAAAGAUAUAAAACAAUAAUAAAAAUAGUUAGGAGUAAUAAUUAUUACUAAGAAAUAAUAAUUAAUAAAACGACGAUACAUCCAUAUUUAAUUCAGCAUAUAUCUUAAAUUGUGAAUAAAACAUCUCUGCGCGAUAAUUAAUAACAAUAGUUUCAAAUUAUGAAUGACAAAUUGAUAAAUUUAAUAAUUAAGUUAUUUUGUUGGAAAAAUGUUCGAGUUAAUGUUAACGGUUAUAAAUAUGUCUACAUUAUUACCUAUAGAAAAUGGCAGUCCAUAUAUAGAUAUAAAUUACAGAUCAACCAAUCAGAACGCGUGUUAAGCGUGUUGGCCACUCUCUUACUAUAUGUAGGCCCUCUAUAAUAAUAAUUAAUAUUCCAGCAAAUGCAUAAAUAUAUAUACCUACGGUUUAGAAUCGUGUCGAUUUAUCGUUGACGCGUGUGUAGUGUGUGGUGUAGAUAUUAAAUGACAUCCGAAAAACGGUCGUAGCAGACGUCCUAUAAUCCCGCAAAGGCAGAAUGUGCAGUGCCCUAUUGUUGUCAUAUAAUAUCAUAAAUUUUAAGUGUCGUUACAUAGUAUACCAUAUAUAUCACUAUUAUAUACAUAUAUGUAGAGGUACACACGACUAUGCACAAAAUAAUAUCAUCACGGUACAGAUACGGUGUAGCAGUGUAUUAUUAUUAUUAUAGCUAACGCGCGUGUCGGAAGAAUUUUGAUAGAAAAAAAAAGUAAUCGCAUAGUGCUUAUCGUGUUUAACGUCCUGGAAGAAUGCACCAAUACGAUAUACGAAAGGAUGAUUCGAGCUCGUACGAAGACUACUUAUUGGACCCAUCGCUACCGUGCCGUUUACAUUUAUGCAUUGGUACCAUCAACGUGUACGAAAUUGUUUUUAUUUUUUUCCAGUUCGAAUAAAAUGGUAGGCAAUUCUAAAGAAAAUUAGACGACACUUAUAAUCAAUAGUCUGUAUCCGUGAUACCUUAAACGGCCUAAACUAUUUUUAAAAUAGAUUAUCCGGUUUAGUUGAGUAAAAUGUAUUUGGCGGUUAAUUUUUGAAAACAGUCUGAUCGUUUCUUUUGGAAGAAAAUGCCCAUAAAAUAUGAUAUUUAGGUAAUAUAUAACCGAUGAAAUUUACUUAAAAUUAUUUUUUAGAUCAAUUGUUUUGCGGCGCCGGGAAAUGUAUAGCCAUGGAGCAUAUUUGUAACGGCGUAUCCGAUUGCGAAUGGGGACAAGACGAACGAAAUUGUGGUAAAUUAUCAUUUCGACUUGCUAUAUUCCGUGAUAAAAAAACACAUACACGCACACUGCAAAUUUUUAUUUUGACACGGCAUAAAAAUUAGUUUUUUGUUCCUGUACAGUGCGACUGAGUGGUGAAAUGGGCGAGAAAGGCGACGGAGUGUUAGAGCUUUACUGGCCAAACUCGACAUCUUGGAAACCUGCGUGCAUUCAGAGUUGGGAUUCAACGAUGUCAGCCACAAUAAUUUGCAACAUACUCGGAUAUAAGUAAUCUAUAACGACAAAUUUUUUUUUUCACUCCUUCACCAUAGAAUGUUUGUACAAAUCAAGAAUAAAUUAUAUCCUACAGUAUCAAUCCACUAUUUAAUAUAUUAUUACAAAUAUCUUAUGCAAAUAAGAAACAUUAACUGAUAUAUAAUAAUAAUAUAUUCAUACGAUUUUAGAUUAAGCUCUUAAAAAAUAUAUUUAAUAUUUUGCAUUCGUUUAUUUUCCGUUUGGUUUCAGCAUCGUUUUAAUAUACACUGUAUUAUAAUAUUAAGGAAAAUUAAUACAUCUAUAACGGACGCGUCAAGUUAUCCUUAAAUUCUAAAAGUUUUCCUUGGUUAAAAUAUAGUAAUAUAUAAUCCGUAGGUAGAUAUAUAUUAUAUUCGUGUUAAUUUCUCACAUAAAAUAUAACUUUUGCAGUGAUAGUACUACUAUAUUGUUUAUUCGGGCGCAAAGUGUUUUGAACUGCGAAUUUUAAUCGUGGCCUAUUAUAAAUUACAGAGUAUCUUCCAGAAGUAAACUCGGCGAAAAUAACAAACUUUUGGCCUCUGUCAAGUACAACCAAUCAGACGAGUACUAUGACGAAAACAAAAUGACCGUUUACAGAGAAAUUCACGAUUGUCCCGAUUCGUACAGUUAUCCAUCAAUAAGUAUUUCUUGUACCAAUUUCGGUAAGUACUACAGUCUAGUGUUCUGUAUACGAAUAUUUUUUAAUUUCAAAACAAAAAGAUGCUUUAAAAAAUAUAUACAUAUAUUCAUAUGAUUAACCCAAUUUAACAGAUGCAUACUUUUUUAUACAAAAUAUUUAUUUUAAAUCAUACGAAACCUCAAGUAAUUUCAGUUAAUAUGGAAUUGUUUAUGUGAUCGUUUAUUCAAAAUAUGAUUUUAUGAUUUUCUUAUCUAUUUGAAGGCUACAGAGAAAAAUUGUAUUGAAUUGUAUGAAAAAAUGUAUUUGUCCGUUUUAUUAAAUUUUCGAGAUAAUGGUACCAUUUAAUAGUGUUUUCAAAUUAUAAUCGAAUGUUGAGUGUAAAAAGGUUUUAGUUAGAUAAGGAUGAUGAAGGAAGAUGAAGGUAGAAUAUUAGAUGUACUGGUUAAAAAUGAAUGUAAUCUACACUACUGUAAAAAAAAAUUUUUUUUACGGAAUAAUUUUCGAAAUUUGACUACUAUCUUUGUGCCCAUCAUAUAAAAACACGUAGUAUGAUGGUUCCUUUUAUUUUCUGCAGUUUUCGAGGAUUAUUUUCAUUUAUUAUAUAGUAAUAAUACAAUUUUGCUUGUCUACGUUUACUAAACACAGAGUGUGGUGUCCGAAGAAGACCACAAACCAUACGCCGAACUAGAAUAGUGGGAGGAAAAGCUUCACUGCCGGGCGACUGGCCGUUUCUGGCAGCAAUCCUCGGGGGUCCGGACGAAAUAUUCUACUGCGCCGGCGUAUUGAUAUCCGAUCAGUGGGUUUUGACAGCGGCUCACUGCACUGGAGGGUAAGACCAAAUAGAUUUCAGCCCUAGGUUUGAGGAAAACAACAAAAAACCAUAAUGGCAUAAUAUAUACGUAGUAAUAGUUAUAGCAAUAUUUGUUUUAGAUAUUGAGCGUAUCAUUUAAUAUAAUGUGUAUAGUUUUUCAUCAAAUUUUUCCUCUAAAAUAGGGAAUGUUGAAUUGUGUUAUUUCUAUUUCCUGCUAUUUUUGAGCACUUAUAUCUGCUCCCCCUGAAUCAAAUAAGCUCAAUCUCACCUCGGGAUUCGAUGUUAUUUCAUAGGCAGAUUGAAGUGAUGUAUUAAUUAAUUGAGUUCAACAAUUUGAAUUAAUUUCAGAAUCUUUUUUCGUUAGCAAUAAUUUAUCAUUAAGUACAAAUAUAAAAUAAAUUGGUCUAUAAUAUACGUAUAAUCUUAACUUCCCGUCAACAACAGUGACACAGUGACAAAAUUAGUAUCAUCAUUUAUUUUUGUUUUUUGUUGAUUUGCAUUGCGUUUUCAGGAAAAAAGUCUUGGACGACCUCACCGAGUGGACAAUUCAACUCGGAAUGACGCGAAGACAUUCUCAUUCAUUUUUCGGUAGCAAAAUGAAAGUGGCAAAAAUAAUCAGACAUGAAAAAUAUAACAAUGGCGGGCCUGUUCAACACGAUAAUGAUGUUGCGCUAUUCAAGGUACCUAUAUACAGUAUACUACAUUUAUUUAUCUUAUAUACAAGUAUUAUAAAUAUUAUGUAACGGUUUCCUCUGCACGUAAGUAAUUUUUAACUUAUUGUUAACAAAUUUUGACGAUUUUCGGCCACAAAUAUCAAAUUGUUAUCUAUAGCGCGCAAUAUAUUAUUAAGGUGUAUACACGUGAUUUUUGUUUCUCGUUAUUAUAACUAAAAUAAUACUAAAUAUUCCAAAUUCCAACGUGUUUUAGCUUAGUGAAAAGUUGAGGUUCCAUGAAUUUUUACUUCCGGUAUGUCUGCCAAAACCGUACAUGAUCCUGAAACCCAACAUCAGCUGCACGGUUAUCGGAUGGGGCAGACGAAACGGACAAGAAGGUAAAUUCGCAAUUUAGUGUAAAUAUUAAUGAUUGUACCUAACAUUUAUUUAUAUUAAAUAAAUAAAUACAGCUAUAACAGUUAUAACAGGAUGCAUUUUCGUAAUAUUUCCGUUGUAUACACGCGAAUGUUAUAAUUUUGAAAAUAAUUAUUAAAAUUCGACGCACGAUAAUACUGUAUAGUAUAGCAUAGGUACCUAGGUAUAUAUAGGUAAACAUAGGUAGCACAUUUACCUAACAUGAGUUCAAUUUUUUUUUUUGUGUAUUUCGACAAUUUUCAACGUGUAUUACAAAAUACAAUGAAAUAUAUUUCUAUAAUAUUGUAUAAAUGAACUAGAAAAAAAUUCUUUUAAUAGGUGCUGUUUACUACCAUAUUCAAGGUGUUCAUUAAUUUUAACGUAAAAUAAAAAAUAAUAAUCCCCACGAGGUUGUCAAUGACCGUGAUUAUUCAUUCCCUUCACCUGCAAUCGAGUUUAAACGUCGCAUUCGGUCAUCCCUUUUAUCUUUUCGACUGCACGUUUAAAAGUUCCGGGUCCGACGGCUAUUGUUCGGUGGCCGAUCAAUAAAUUUUUACUCGGUUUUUUUUUUUUUUCGUAUAUAUAUUGCGCGUGUUUAUUAUUAUAUAGAGAAAUCGCACUUCGCCGAUGCCACAUCGCGCUACAUCACAGAUGCGUUUUCAAAGUUUUCAGCACUUAAAACCAAAUGUCUUCAUAAAUUACGGAUCGUAAAUUCACCGGUUUUUCCGGUAGAAGUCAUACUAUUUCCGCACACGUGUGAAUGCACCUAUGUAUACCUAGGUAUAACGGUACGUAGCAUGUAUAUAAAUUCCAGUUAUAUAGUUAUUUCCGAUCAAAGUUUUCGGUUACAUAAAGUUAAUAUACGAAUAACAGUUUUAUGUGGCGCGUAUGGACGUAUGCAGGUAUAGUUUAUAGUUUUGCCGAGUACCAACCUAUACGAUUUCACCGCAACGAAUCAUAAUGUAUUUAAUAUAUAGGUAAGUGAAAUAUUAUAUCAAUAUAUUAUGGUACCAGCGAGUUUAUAAAUACAUUUAAAAGUUUUCAAUUAUUGUAAAAUCAUUAUCAUCGGUUUGGCAAUAUUAUCGUGAAAAAUAUAAAACAUUUUACUUCCGUCCGAUAUAUUUUAAAUUCCAAGCGUAGCGAGGGGACUAUUGGCUCUAUAAUGCUGUUUAUUGCUUUCUUCUUUUUUUUUUUUUUUCUAGUCUGUGGACACGUUUUUUUUCCUAGUAAACUUGCUCCGAUGUAUAAGUGUAGCACCUUUACUGAAAGUUUGAGACCAUUUUUCGAUUUUCGAUGCCAUUUUUUAAAUAAUGGCAUUUAACACAUUGACGGACAUUACUGUUAUAGCAGUAAUAUGUAAAAUGUCAUAUUACGUCAAUAUUGCGGAAGCAGUAAUCUUUUCAAUGGUAUCAAAUCAUAGAAGACAACGAACUGCAACAUUACGGCAGUCUACACUGAUAAAUUACAUAGAUUCUGGAUGCAAUUGUAGCACUACGAAUAUAAUGGUAAAAAUUAUAUUCCAAGUGUCCGUCAAUAUGUUAAGUGGAAAAAAUCGUGGGAAAACGUACAAUUUCACGAUUUCAUUAUUUUAUGAAAACACGGACGACGUUUUCUACCAGAAAAAAUGAUUUAAUCGAAAAAUUUGAAAUCAAAUUUAAACGAAAAUCACAAAAAAAAUUACAGCAUUUCCAUAUAUGUAUUACCAAACUACGCUCGGAAUCGUCUUUCAUCAAGCAAUGAUUUAUCUUUGCUAACGGGUAUAAUUAAAAUAACCUUAUGUAUCCUACCUUUUCAACUUCUCACUUGCAACAAUGGCCGCUACCAUCCCCAGUAUCAGCUUUUCCCUUUUUUUUUUUUUUGUCUUCUGAAUGUAGAUAAUUAAAAAAAGAAACCAUACGAAAUUAUCGUGAGUAUAUAGGUAUUAUAGCAAUAUACAAUAUAUAGGUACUUAUUAGAGUUUUCUUUUUAAUAAAAAGUAAAGGAUUUUAACGGGAAUGUUAAAUUUCAGGGCAUUAUUAAACGUUGAGAAAAUAAAUUAAAAUAUUGGUAUGUUAACCCAAAAAAGAGACAUUAACCCUGGCAGUCGAGUUUGCAGGAUUUAUUGGAGACAAAAAAGCUGUAUUUAUUUCGCGCCAUAUUGAAAAUAUUACAGCAACCUAAACGUUAUUAUUGCCUUUGUUAAUUUUGAAAGAAUUUUUAGAAUGUAUUGCGUAUAGGUACAGUAAAGUUUUGUAAUAAACUAAAAAAAGUUAUAAUGCACAAUACACGCAGCUAUAUUUUAAUAAUAAACCCUUGAAAUAAAUCGACACGUUAAAUUACGAAAUCUACAAAAAAAUAUGCAGUGUGAAACAAUAAUACUCGUAAAUAUAUUAUAAAUUGAUAUUUUAAAAAUGAUAUAUGUGUGGUUUUUCACAUUAAUUCGGAAUAAUAUUGUAUAAUGUUGGUCUAGGGUUCUUGAACUAAAUAUCAAUAAGAAACUACUAAUUUUAAAAAUUUUCUUUUGUCUCGUUACAUCACUACCGGAUCUAAUAACUUUUUACAUUGUAAGCGUAGCGAAAAACGUACUGACUAUUCACUAUACGUAUUAUGAUGUGUACUUUUAUUUUAUGUUUGUUACAACCUUUCCUCCAGAAUUCUAACACUGACUAUCAAUUUCUUUGGUGGUUUGAUGGCGAAUUUUGUCUAUUUGGUAGCAAUGAGAGGACAAUUUUUAUAAUAUCAUGCAUUUUAAAACGUAUCUUUACAGAGCACUGAACAUAAAUACGCACGUAUAAAACCUCGUUACAUAAGCUGCUUCUACAAUUUUUUUCAAAAACUCAAAGUGUUUAUUAUGACGUAUGGUUUUUAAUAAACAUCAUCCGGUUAGUAUUCUUAUCAUAAUUCACCUGAAUAUGUAGUCGAAUGAAUCUAUCUAUCUAGUAUGUGCCUAAAUAGUAAAUACAGUAAAGCAUCCUUAUAACGGAACCCCUAUAACUUAAAAGGCGGAAAUCUCCUUAAACCGGAAAACAACAACAAUUCUGCAUAACCUAUAUCCUGUAUUUUUUAAUCUCCUGUAACGGAAACUCCUUUAUAGUCGAAAAAUAAGUUGGUUCCGAGCGGUUCCGUUGUAAGGAGAUUUUACUAUACAUAAAUAUUUGCGAACACAAUACGUCAUGGGAUUAGUUUAAAUUUGAGUCUUAGAUCGUAGCUAAAGAAUUAUAUUUCUCGUAUUAUCUCUACGAGAUUUCAAAAUAUUGGAGUACAAUACAAUUUGUUAUUAUUCUUGAAAUUAUAAUAUCAAAUUAUUCGACACGAGGAAAUAAUUAACAAUUUAGUUUUCUGUUCACAGUUAUAAAUGCAAUAAACUUAUUUGCAUAGUGUUUUUCAAUUUUGGCCUCUACAUAUAAGAAAAUAAGAAAAAAAAAGUAGUUCAAUAUUGUAAAGCAAAUUAUAAAAUAUAAAUUAUAUUUGUAUAAACAAUUUUUAAACGUUUACAAAAUUAUUAAAGUAUAUUCGUUUUGAAAAUAUUUUUUUAUGCAUUUCAAUUUAAAAGUAAAAUUAUUUUUCUCCAUAUAGUUUUCUUACUUCAAUUAUUUAUAAAAUAAAUAAUUUGGUUGGACUGUAAAAGAAUAAGAAAGUCCUAUAAUCCUUAUUAAUUUUUGUUUAAAAAAAACUUUUUAAAGCAUUGGAAUAAACUUUAUUUUAUAAAACUCGUUCAACUGUAAAUUUAAUAAUUAUACAAGGAUAAUUAAGUUUAAACCAUUUUGAUUUUCGCCCAAAUAAUCAGCUACCUCACAAAAAUAUUAUAAUGUUAUACAAUAAAACUAUGAAAUCAGUAAAAUAAUAAUUUUCACAGAAUAGUUAUUAUAUAGAAUAUUAGCCUUUUCUAAUAUAGACAUCUGAUUUUGUCGAGUUUAUUAUUUGGUUUUACGUGAUUACAAUUACUUUGGUCAAAUAGAAAUGAUUGACAAUUUAACAUACAUAUUCAGGUGAAUUAUGAUAAGAAUACUAACUGAAUGAUGUUUAUUAAAAACCAUACGUCAUAAUAUACACUUUGUUUUUUUGAAAAAAAAUUAUAGAAGCAGCUUAUGUAAUGAGGUUCUAUACGUGCGUAUCUAUGUUCAGUGCUCUGUAAAGAUACGUUUUAAAAUACCUAGAUAAAGAUAGAUACUUGCUAGGAAAAUAAUCAAGACGAAUAUAAAUGAUAUUUACAAACAUAGUUAUCUAGAUAAAGAUAAAUAUCAGCUAUUUGUUUAUCAAGAUCAACAAAAAAGAUUUAUACUUAAUGGAUAACCAAAAAACUAUAUAAAACUAAAUGCUCGAAAUGUACUAGAUAUGAUAGUAUACAUCUAAAUUUUAAAAAGUCUUAUGAUUUAUUUAACUUAAUAAUCAAUUUAUAAAACAUAUUAGAUAUAUUAAUACAUAUUUUACUUAUUAUUCCUAAUAAAUAUAGUAAUAGGAUUUAAAAUUUACCCGGAUUUACAUGGAUGACCUAAUUGUUUAACAUUUUUGUUCAAAUAGGUAACUUUUCAUUAAUCUAGAUAGGCACAUAUAAUAUAUAUAUAUAUUGUACAUAAGAUAAAAGAUACAAAUUUACCUAUCGAGGAUAAAACGCAACACUGCCGAUUUUCUAUAAUGCGCUUUUUAAAAUAUAUUUUGUAUUAUGGCAGUACAAUAUCAAACACGGUACAUACUAUUUAUCAAUAUGUAUACAUACUGACGGUGAAUUAUUUUCUCACAGGAGCUGACUACGAACCAACAGUAAACGAAGUCACAGUUCCCGUGCUGGACAGAGAUCUGUGCAACACGUGGCUAAAACAGAAAGACGUGAACAUUACUGAAGGGAUGAUAUGCGCCGGGUACGAGGAGGGCGGCAAAGACGCAUGUCAAGUAGGUAAACGACUCACUAACAUCGUACAGCACAGUCUUGCAAAAAAAACAUGCAGUACCUACCUACCUAUAUGCCAUACGGAUUAUGGGGACUAUUUACAAGACAUGAUUUUUGUUGUCGUCUAUUAAAUAUGCGGAUAUUCUCGUAUACGAUUACCGAUUGCCAGGAUACUUUCGAAACAGUAUAUGUACGUUUCUAAAAAGUAUAAUAUACUGCUGUAGUCAGUGGUGUUUCCAAAUAGUUUUUUUUAGGCAACUACUUCACGACUAAAAUAAGUGGAUGGGCGGUUUACCAAAUACGUUGAAUGUUGAUUAAGAUUAAUUAGGUAAUUUAGAUAAUUUAGGUAAUUUAGGUAAUCAUAGAUACACUUAGUUUUGUUACCUACAUGACUUUACACGAACAUAAAAAAUCUAUAUUAUUAUGUUUGUACCUAUACGAAGUAAGUAGAAUUAUACAAUUAUAGUUUUGUUUUUUUUUUUUUUUUUUUUGUGUGUACACGCCCAGACAAUCCGUAUUAUCUGUGCAAAGUCUGUAGUACAUAUAAAAACGUAAGUGUACUUAUCGGAUAUUAACAAGAAAUAUUAUAGUUAAUUUUAAUUUACUCAAUAUCUGGGCUGCGCAAAAAAAAACGUAUUGUCAAAUAUUAAUAUCUCAUAACAAUUACGAAGUAGAUUAAUAUGUGCUUUUUAUUUAUUUACAAACACACAUUUAUAUUUGAGUAUCGUAUAAAAAUUUAUCCAAAAAUGUAUAAAAAAAACGAUCUCUUUACAUUAUCUGCCUCUAAUAUAAUUUUAAAAUUCAAUAUUUUUUUCGUACACUAUCAAAGAAAAAUAAGCAACUCAUUAUUAAUGGCGUAAUAGUAUUAUAAAUAACACCAAAGUAUUACAAUAUUAAACAUCGUCUAACAUCAAGGAAAUUUUUUUAGCAAAAUUAUUACUAUAAAUAGCCAGAUGUUAUUGGGUAUAGCCUAAAACCAACAAUUAUACAUACUAUAAUUAUUAUAGGUACCUAUUUUAUUAUAAUGAUGCAUUAAUGUACCUUAUAUUUGUUGUCUUUUCACUUUAAAAAAAUCACACAUUACAAAUCUAAAUAAACAAUAUUUAUUAAUUUCAUCUUUGAAUGAUUCCAUAAGACACUGGUGAUGCGUCCGGGUAAUUUACACUGCGAUUUGUAAUCUGCGCACAUCUGUAUCGGGUUUUCGUCAUUACGAUUAUUAUUCAUUAGACACGCGAUCAACGGCUGAAUUCAAAUUACAUUUCGAUUAAUCUUCUUCGCCUUUGAAUUAUUCGAGUUGCACAAGUUAUUCGAUCGUUAUUGUUAUUAUAAUAUCACGGUAAUAUAAACCAUACCCUCCCUAAUGCGGUUCAAACCUUAAUCGAUAUUUAUACUAAUCGAUCGUUACGACAGCAGAUUAUUAGUGGACAUAUUUUUGAACUGUUCAGUAUAACGUAAAAUUGAAUUUUGAGUUUCUUCAGGGGUGCGAUUUCAGUUUCUUAUAAAGAGAUGUAAACAUUUAAUGAAGCCAAUUUUAGUCCCUUCGCUAGACUAAUUAUUGUUAAAAAAAUACCAUGAUUUUCACGGUUUUCAUAAAAAUUUAAACUUAAAAUUAAAAACAUUACAUUACAUUCUAUUUUAUUUUAUAAUAUGGAUGUUUAAUUUAUAUAACCAACAAUAAAGCUUUCUUUAUUUAUUUUCACUAUUGACAGUUGAUUUUUUAAAAAAAAAAACAGUACAUUUCGUGAAGUGGAUUAAAAACAUUAUUAUGAUUAUUAAACAUAUAGAACUAAAUUUUACGAAUAAAUAUUUAGUAAACUAGGUAAUUAAAUAGUGUUAUGGAAGGGCUUAAACCUUCCGUUACUUAAAUAUAUUCCGGGAGAUCUAAAACCUCUUAUGUAUCCGCUUAUGACUCCCGAUCGAAUAUAAUCCAAUCAAAACGCCAAUCGAAACAAAAUUAAAGCUGGGCAUAAACGAUAGUAACUACAAUCAAGCCAUACCGUGAACAUAUUAGUCGCCUGAUGUAUCUAGUAAUGGAUUCUAGAUCAGAUGUAUCUUUCUCUGUAUACUUCAUGAGCAGAUUUCAAUCUAAUCCAUAGAACUUUGGAAUUGCCUUAAAAUGAUAUUAAAGUACUUGAUGGGAACCAUCGACUAUGCUUUGACAUUUACAAGUAAGCACAAAUAUUCUUAUCGGAUAUUGUGACUUUGACUUUGCAGAGGAUAUCAAUGACAGAAAAUCGACAAGCGGCUAUCUUUUUUAAGUUUUCAAAUCAAAUGUGUGUUGGGCAAGCAAAAAGCAAUCCAUAGUUGCUCUGUCCACAACAGAGACCGAUUGCAUAGCUUUAGCAACAAGCAUAACUCAGUGCAUAUGGAUUAGGUAACUGUUGGCAGAAAUAGGAUUAUCAACAAAAUCUCCAACAACUAUGUAUGAGGACUAUCAGUCUUGCCUAAGCAUAAGCAAGGAACCAAGGAAGCACCAGCGACUUAAGCACAUAUAUAUAAAAUACAGUUUCAUCAAAAAAAGUAUUCAAGAAAACCAAAUCAAAGUUAAAUACACACUAACAGAUAAUCAAUUGGCCGAUUGUUUAACUAAAGCCUUGCCUCUAGAUAUUUUUAACAAAUUUAUAAAUGUAAUUUUGAAUUAGUAAUGUGUAUUAUUAUCACUAUUUUAGAUUCCAAGCAUAGGUAGGGAGCUAUUGGUUUUACAAUGAUGUUUCUUUCUUUCUUUCUUUUUUCUUCUUUUAGUCUGUGGACACGUUUUUUCCUAGUAGACUUGUUCCGAUUCAUUAUUUUAUAAAAACACGGACGACGUUUUCUACCAGAAAAAAUGAUUUAAUCGAAAAAUCACUAGAUAAUUCUUUUGUUGUUUUAUUUGAUUUACAUUCUCACGGUAUCAUUGCCAAAACUUUUGAGCCACUAUUGAACUUUUAAGGAAUUUUAAUUUUUGGAAGUUUUUUGCUGUAAUUCGGUUAUAAAUACAUGUAGAAACUUGAAACUUGGUAAUAGUUCUUAUAUUGGACUUGGUUUCUAGACGUGGUAAAAUUUCCAAAAUUAUCGGAUGAUUUUUUUUCAUUUUUAUUAAGCGUUUUUAAAUCAAAUUUAAACGAAAAUCGACUUCAAAUUAUGUAUUACCGAACUACUUUCGGAAUCGUCUUUUGUCAACCAAUGAUUUAUCGUUGCUAACAGGUAUAAAUAAAAUAACCUUAUGUAUUCUACCUUCCCAACGUCUCACCUACAACAGUAGCCACUCCCAUCCCCAGUAUCAGUUCUUUUUUUUUACUUGUUACAUAUAUGCAAUAUUAAUUUUCUUUUAUUUAAUGCAAUCUAAUAUUGAGGAAGAGUGUUGAGAUCUGAGAGAGUAAUAACUGAUAACAAGUUAUUAGCAAUUAUUUACUGAUUAUGUUCUCUUGAGGUCAUCUUUUCUGUUAUCUUUUUCUUUGUACGUUUUUACUCAUAUCACGUUAAUACUUCUUCUCUCAAUAAAAAUAUAUUAAUUACAAAACCUUUAAAACACUGCGUUACAUUUCCUUCUAUUUUAACAAAUAAGACAUCUGGAACUGGAUUUUAUAUUGGUAGAUACGUAUUUAUUGCAUAAUAUUAUAAAUAAAAUAAUUUCAACGUGCGCGUACGAUAUUUUUGACACAUAAUUGUAUACGAACCCAUCUUAUAUACGAAACGACUAUGUUAUUAUUAUUGUGUCCGCAGGGUGACUCUGGAGGUCCGUUGCUGUGCCCGAUGGAAGGGUUUAAGGACAAGUGGUUCGUGGGUGGCAUCGUUAGCUGGGGCGUUGAGUGCGCGACGCCCAGCAUGCCAGGAGUGUACGUCAACGUGCCCAUGUACGUGGAAUGGAUCGAAAACCGCAUAAGAAAAGACGAACAGUCAUCAUCAAAGAAGGGCGACGACGACGACAGAAAGCACUGA